CGCAAUUUAAAUGUAUCGUAUUUGUGGCUAUACGUAAAAAAGCAGAAGCGAAGUCCUACACCAGCUGUAUCUGUAAAACUUUAACUUCCUAAUCUUCCAAAACGAAAAGAUCUGUCUGGGAGGACACAACUGAGAAAGCUUGUCUCCAGGAGUACAGUACAGAGGGCACUCAUCUAAAGCAGGAUGGGCAUUACGGUGCUGACACUGUUAAUCACAAUAACUAUCAGACACGGUAGGUUUCUAUUAUUGUAUUGCUUUAAAAAAAAUCUAAUUUCUAAUUGGCUACAUACAGGCAAGUGAUAUCUUAACUAGAAACGCUUGUUGAGCCUACUAUCUUUGUUUAGGAAUGAAAAUUCCUAUAAACUGUCAUUUAAAUGUUAUAUAAAUCUAAUUUUCAAAUCUGGAAUUUGCAUAGAUGUACAAUUUAACAAUAUAUGAGAUAGCUCAGUAAUUAAAGCUAUAGCUGUGUUAUCUUUGAGUCUAAUGCUUGGCUCCCGGCAAAGUAAACUAUUGCUAAAUGUACUAUUUCUGGUUAAAAUGUUGAAUACACAUUUUCUAGUAGCAGCAGUGCUAUGUAAAGGACUAAAAUAAUAUACAUAUAUUCAAGACACAAUAUGAUCAUUCUCUAUACUGAUAAACUAAUUUAAUUCUAAGUGGUGAAAUACUCAUCACUUAUUUGUUUUAACUUAGCUAGUUACAUAAUAUAGUUGCAAUAUUACAUUUUAUCACCUGCAUUCAUACUGCAGAGUUUACCAUUCCACAUUAGCAGUGUCAAUUGAGGCCAAACUAUGGAUAGUGGUGAUUGACUGAAAGAGGCAGGUUAGCCAAUCAUUGCUGUCCUGGUUCGAUGAAACUGACAUUAAUAGCAAUGAAGUAUUAAUUAUCUAAGCAGCGAGAGAGAGGACAUACUCCAGUCUUACUUGAAAAUAAAAAGAUAAUCAGAAAUAUAAUUGUUCCAAAUGUUAUUCUUGUACUUAUUUAUCAAUCAGAUAAUGAGCUGUUAAUAAAUGUGUUUAAUAUGUAAAGAUAUUCAUAAAAUAGAACUAUUUACUAUUUAUGAAUAUCUAACCUACUACAUAUACAGUAUAUGCAGUAUUUAUCACAAAAAAUGAUAUAUAUAUAAAUACACAUAUACACAUACCCACACACAUUUUGUUUAUUUUAACUUUUUUUAAAUAAGUAGACGCAGUGAUUUUAUGUCUGUGAUUGUAUUUCAGUGUAUACCCUUCACCCACAUUUUUAAUAAGAUACAAUGGUAGUUGUUUUGUUUGUUUGUUUUUAAAUGCAUACCAGAACAAGAAUUUCACAAUAGAAUAGCGCAUGUUACAAGAGUACAGACAUAGUAAAGGCAAAACUGAAAGCAUAACAGCAAUAAUAAUGGGCAAUAAACAGAUUGCUCCAAUGCCAAGUUUUAAUUUUAACAUUAAGUUCAUUAUUAAGCUUUUUUCUAUUGUGGAUAGCGAGUGCAUGCAUCCGUAGUUGCCAGCAGUUGUGUGUGAUGGACCAUUGGACACCUGUCACCAGCAUGCAGUGUGCACUGACGACAGAUAUUCAAUAUACACAAAAUUGGCAUUAGUCAGCCUGUAACGUUUGUUAAAGGCUGGCUAAUGAGGCUCCCAUGCUUUGCAUACAGUCAAAAUAUUGAAGUUGUCAUGAUGCUUAGAGAUCUUUAAAGAUCUGUCAUAUAUAUACUAUUAUUUGUGGCAAGCUGGAGACAGUAUAACUUGCCUCAGCCCUCAGACCCAUUUCAUUCCACAAGUGCUCAGAAAGCAUAGGCGCAAGCCUGACAAAUAUAGUUGUAAUCAGCAACAUUACCCAAUCAGCGAUAGAAUCCGUUCUCUCCAUUAAUAAUACAUUUCUAUUUUACAAAAGGCCAAGUAGACUAGGCAUUUACUCUGCUCAUUUUAUAAUUAAUAAAGGGGCUAUGUGACUGAGCAUCUCCUGGGCACAUUGGAGACCAAUAUCUUUUUUAUAAUGGGCCCAAGAGUCUCGUGCUCAGCAUAUGUAACUUAUUUUACUUUUCACUUUUACUUUCACAGUUAUACAAAGGGGUAAAGCACAUUGACACAGUGCAUUGCAGUACUGAAAGGGUUCAUUUUAAUGGUGGCGCUUGCCUGGUGAGACCACGUUCCUGGUCUCACUAGGCAUAGCAUUUACGCCAUAAUAAAGCUGUGGAAACAGCAAUGACAUUUAGUGAAUCAAUGGCAUCGUUUUCAUGAUCUCCUUUACGAAUUGUCAUGGAAGCAGGGUUACACUAGUUAGUGAGUAUUUUGACUUAUUUCAUGUUACCAUCUUACCACAAAAUGUCUGUAAAAGCCUGUGAUGAUGUUUUUAUUUUAGCCAUGACUGAAAUAUACCGUUGGUGUCACUCUCUAUGUGAGAUAAGCAAUACACAGCAAGAGAAAAGCCACAGAAAAGAGGUUAUUCCAAUAAUAGUUAUGGUCAUAGUCAUAACUAAUACACAAAGACUGUUCGAGAUAAUGGCGUACAAGCUGCGUUUGCUUUAAUUGGAUGGUUAACUGAUUUUAUAAACUGGCUUUCAUGUGGUUUGGAAACUGGGUGUGAAAGGUCAACUGUGCCUUAACGUUUUCAUGCAUUUUCCGGCUGAAACUUGGCCUACAUGUUUAGUAGAGACCCCUCCCAAAAUAUAUUAUUUAUGGUGGCUGUGGAGCAAUUGUGUGAGUUUUUGGGGGUUAUUUACAGAAAAUGUUGCAUUCACUUGCAGAUUUGCGUCACUUUUGUGAGAAUGCAACAUUUUCUAAUGUACAAAACCAUUACUCCCAGCUUUAUAUAAUAGUGAUUUGUUUCCUUUUUCUUCUAUUAUUGCACCUUUAUUUUCUCUACAAUUUUAUCCAAUAAUAACUAAAUAUAUACCAAAUUGGUAAUAUUACCCGGAAAAAAAGAUGUAUUCCAAAUUUGUUUUUUUUACUCCUUAAACAAAGAGGAUAAUAAAAGCUGCUUACCUGUCACUGAAAAUUGCCCAAAUAAGUGCCUUUUGCACUUACUCAUUGCUUAAUUUUUCUCACUCAGUAGCAGGCACACACACACACACACACGCACACACAAGCAAGCCCACACACUAGCACGCGCGCACACACACAGCUUAAUGUAGUGGCUCUGGUGUCUAUAGCCUGUCCCUGCAGGCUUUUCAAUGUAAACACUGACUUUUUAGAGUGACAGACACUCAGACGGUCACUAGAGGUGCUUCCUGUGUCAGUGCGGAUUGGCUGAGAUCAUCAAGCUUGAUGAUCUCAGCCGUAGAGGCAGGGCCAGUCGAGGGGAGACCAGCACAACGUGGGGGGAAAAAAAAGGUGAGUAGAAACACACAUACACACACGCAUACCAUGACAGACACACACCAUGACACAGACAGACUGUGACACAGACACACACACACUGUGACACAAACAGAAACACAGACAGAAACACAGACACACCAUGACAGACAGACACACAUGACACAGACAGACACACACACACACACCAUGACAGAGACACACACAUACCAUGACAGACACACACCUUAAAAAAGACACACACACACCAUAAUAUGGACAGACUGUGAUACAGACACACACACACCAUGACAGAGACACACACAUACCAUGACAGACACACACCUUAAAAAAGACACACACACACCUUGACACACACACACCAUAAUAUGGACAGACUGUGACACAGACACACACACACACCGUGACACAGACACACAUUACAUGACACAGACAGACACACACCAUGACACACAGACACACACACACCACGACACAGAGAGACCGUGACACAGACACACACACCGUGACACACAGACACACAUUACAUGACACAGACAGACACAAACACACACCAUGACAUACAGACACACACACACCAUGACAAACACACACACACACACCAUGACACAGACAGACCGUGACACAGACACACACAUUACAUGACAGACACACACACACACAAUGACACAGACACACAUUGCAUGACACAGACAGACGCACACACCAUGGCAGACAGAGACACACACACUAUGACACAGACACACAUUGCAUGACACAGACAGACACAAACACACACCAUGACACAGACAGAGACACACACACACCAUGACAUAGACAGACACAACAUGACAGACACACACACAAAUGACACAGACACACACACAGGAUUGCUACCUGUGUGCUGGCAUGGGGAGCUCUGAUGGCGGCCGCAUGGGGGAGCUGGCUCUUCUGGCGGCCGCAGAGGGAGCUCUUUUGGUGGCCGCAGGGGGAGCUGGCUGUUCUGUCUCUGCUCCCCCGCCCUCGCACUGCGUAAUGAGACCGGGGCCGGAAUAUGAUGUCAUAUUCCGGCCCCGGUCUCAUUAAGCGGCGCGCUGGGGAGGGGGAGCAGAGACAGAACAGCCAGCUCCCCCUGCGGCCGCCAAAAGAGCUCCUUCUGCGGCCGCCAGAAGAGCCAGCUGCCUGCCCGGCCCCAGGUGCCGACGGCCCACCGGGAAAUUUCCCGGUAUCCCGGUGGGCCAGUCUGGCCCUGCCAUCCUCCUGUGGAAACCCCUGGUUCAAGGUGUCUUCCUUCCCAGCAUGGGUAUCAGCUGACUGUUGAUUCUCUGGUCCACCGUACUUACCAGAAAACGCUCCCAGCCAUGAGCUUACAUAUACUUAUGUGACUUUACCUGAACUGUCCGAAUUAAUAUUCCCAACUAUGCUCUAACUUUGCUGACACGCUCAUUUUCUAAAAAUAUUCUUAUUCUUACUUUCCCCGGGAGCGGGUGGUUUCCUUAGCAUGGUUAUUAGCCCGCUUCCACAAUUCUCUUUCUAUAAUGCAUACUAUGCCCGAUGUUUAAUGCUACUUAUAUUAAUCCACUAAGUGCAUUAUAAUAACCAUUCACAGUACAUGGAGCAUGCAUAUUGAAUAGCCUACUUUUUAAUUUACCUGGUACUGUGUUCGUUUCAAUCUUUUAUUUUACGUUCUAAACUGUGCUGAAUUACCUGUUAAUUGUUGAGCAUUUCUAUAUGGUAUAACUUGUUGUUCCCAAUAAUACUAGCAUAUUUAAUUUCCAUAAAAAGAAAAAUGACAGACUAUCCAGGAGUAUAUAAGCUAACUGUAUUUGUCACAUCAUGCCAUCUGCAUUAGCUACUUUACUUUUUUUGCAUUCUGUAAUGUAUUACGCAUGGUCAAAAAAAAAGAAAAGGGGGGAGGGGGGGAAAAGCAUUAAAAAGUGAAUACAAUACUCUUUGAAUAUAACGCACAUUAUGUCGCCACUACGACUUUAUUCAGUCCGUAAGAUCUUGAUAGCACAUGGUUGGCCUUUGAAAAGACAUACAGUUUCAAUGUCAGGCUAAAGCUUGUUCUGCAUGAAGACCAUUCCAUAUAUUGCUAGACCCCGCUCCAACCACUUAUUGAAUGAUUGCUCUUAUUAGCUGAAGAGUGAUUUAGCACUGCAGGCAAACAGUGCUUUUAUCCUGCAGCUGCUUAAAGGGAUACUAAAGGCACCAAAACAAAUUUAGCUUAAAGAAACAGUUUCUUUUUCAAUUCUCAUUUAGGAGUUAAAUCACUGUGUAUACACAGCCCUAGUCAAACCUCAGCACAUGUGACUUAUACAGCCUUAUACAGCUUUCCUAAACACUUCCUGAAAAGGAAAUUAGAUAUUCUGGCUUUAUUGCACAGUCUGUUUAAUCUAGAAUGUCUUAUCGCCUGCCCUGUUAAUAGCCUUGCAGAGCCUACAUGAACCUCCUGUGUGUGAUUAAAGUUCAGUCUACAGAGCAGGAGAUAACUUCUGUUGUAAAGCAAGUUAGUAUCUGAUUGAAUAUGAAGCCAUUUGUUAUUCUGGUUGUGUCAGUUGCUAGAGCUGCAUAAACAAACAAAAAGGGACACAAUAGGCACCCAGACCACUUCAGUCCAUUGAAGUGGUUUAGGUGCAGUGUCCCAGGUCCUCUAACCCAGCAGUGGUAAUUAUUGCAGAUUUUAAUAAACUGCAACAAUUACCUGCCAAAGUUAACUUCACCUCUAGUGGCUUUCAUUAGAGGGACUAAGAGGUCGUUAGGCGACUUUAAGUUGCCUAAUUAAUGCAGGAUGUCCUCACGCUAUGCAUGAGGACAACCAGCAGGAUCAGCCUUAUGCCUUUAAGCGCCCUGUGCAAACAUCUGUAUGUCUUUUCAGUGCCCCUCCCCCACCCCCGUCAUUCAUGUAUGAUGUAAUGUUUGUGUUGUCUGUGUAUGUGAUAGGUGUGAGGACUGUGUGAUAUUUAUGCUAUGUGUUGGCUGUGUGUGAUAUUUGUAAUGAUGCACAGGCAGCCACACACAUACACACACAGGCAGGCAGCCACACACAUAUACACACAUAGGCAGACAGCCACACACACACACACACAGAGGCAGACGGCCAUACACACACAGGAAGACAUCCACACACACACACACACAGGCAGGCAGUCACACACACACAGGCAGACAGCCACACAAACAUACACAGGCAGACAGCCACACAAACAAACAAACACACACAGGCAGACAGUUAUAAACACACACACAUCUACACACACAGCAGACAGUUAUAAACACACACACAUCCACACACACAGCAGACAGUCAUACACACACACACACACACAGGCAGACAGUCACACACACACACAGGCAGACAGUCACACACACACAGGCAGACAGUCAUACACACACACAGGCAGACAGUCAUACAUACACACAGACACACACACAGGCAGACAGUCACACACACACAAACACAGAGGCAGACAUCCAUACACACACACACACACACACACACACAGGCAGAGAGUCACACACACACACACACACAUACACAGUCACACUCACACUGACAAUCACACAUAGUUACCUCUGUUCAUUGUGGAGGCAGUGCAGCUCCAGGAGACUGUUUGUUGGGGAAGCAGCGACUCCUUCCUGCUUCCCCUGCAGUAGAUAUCCGGCACUUUUAUUUCUGCCCCUUUGUCAGUUUUGCUCCGCCUUCACUGCACGGGAAGCAAAAUUAUUAUUAUUUUUUAUCCCGGCCGGCCAUGUGUGAGCUGUGUCGGCCACACGGCGCCGCAUGCUCCAUGGCGCCCAGCUCGCAUUCCCCUAAGGCCGGCCCUGACAACCAGCAUCACCCAAAAACCCUAUAAGAAAGCAUUGUAUGGGGGGCAGAGCCUGACCAGAUGCCAUUCUUACCUGCUCCCUGAUAGCCAAACAAAAUCUGGGAAAAAUCGCCCCACACAGGGACCAUCCAUCCACAAAAAGCACUUACAUUGCACUGUGACGGCGAGAUGAACAGAUUGAUGCCAUUCUUUUAAGCCGCCAAGCAACCCAGGCAGCAGCGCAAAACUGCGGCCUACUGCGCUACGCCACUCCUAAACCUUGAGGCGCUUCUCGGGGACCGGGAGAGGGUCGCAACUACCCAGAAUACUCCCCACCUGGCACACCAACCAUGGGCCGCCACACACCGAAACCUACCACAGGCAUCAGCACCCAAAGUAGGGACAUUGGGAAAAUGCUGCUGAGACGCACCAACACGCGGAACACCCGCCAAACAUGGCCCCCGUCUCAGAUCUAGAUGAAAGGGCAACCCCAAACACACUAAAGGUCACAGACAUACAAAAGGUCACAGACCCAGUCACAGCCACAGAAGAAGAUAUGGCAAGUGUCACAACAAUGUGACCACCCUGAAGGACUUAGCAGCUCAAAUAAUGUCCCUCUAAGACAAACAAUGCCGAAAAACACAUAACAAUCCGCAGCAUACUCAACGCAAUCACUACUGAAGAAUUGCCGCAUUACGUUCGGCGCCUCCUGACAUCAAUCCUGUCACAAACGGUGGCAAAGAAAAUCACCCUGGAUGGUAUAUAUCGUGUAACAAGCUCUGUCCUCAACUCACCCGAUACCUCCAGGGACGUCAUCCUGCGGUGUGUAACAAUACAUGACAAGAUACAAAUAAUGACCGCCUUGAAAGGUAAAACACCAUUAGAGUUUGAGGACUCAAAGUUAUUAUUCUUUCAAGAACUCACCAGAGCCACAUUAAUCCGGCGUAAAACCCUUUCGGUCCAGUGACAACUACCCUGCGUAAAGCCAACAUACCAUAUAGACGGGUUAACACCGUCUCAUUACUCGUACAGCACUCUGGGACUGCUCACAACCUCACAUCCCCGAUUGGAGCCCCAGCUUUCCUAGGACUUCCUCCAGGGCAACUCCCGUCAAUAGCUGGAAACCAAACUGCAAACUGGGAACCUGCAGCCGGCACCUCAGCCGGAACAACGACAAGGAGCCUACAGCUCCCAAAUACCUGAAACUGAUCAGGGACUGGGACAUCCUCAAAUGUGAUCAGUCAAGCAAAUGCCGUGAUCACAAAACUUAAAACAUUUGUUUUGAUUUUUAUUUCACUCAAAUAUGUUUUUUUUUUAAUGUUUAAUUUUUUUUUUGUUUUAUGCUGUGGCACACACCAUACACCAAACGUCUGAAGGAAACCCCAAUAACCCCCAAAAGAAAAUGGCCUUACUAAAACAUGGAAGCCACAACCAUCAGGCUAUCUAGAAUUAGGUGGCGUCUUAACUAGCCCCCUCCUCCCCACCACCCCUAAGGUCAGGGGUAACAUUAAGCAUGACAGACCAAUACAUUGAACUCGCAUCGGCCAAUAUCCACACUUGCAAGACCACCACACCGCACACGAUGCCCUCUGGCACACACACGCUGGCAGCCCCCAAGCACACAGUAACCAGCCUGAGCACACACAAACACAUGCUCUAACAUGCCCUUAUAUCCACUUGUUUAACAAGGGAGCAUACCUACCACCUCACACCUGUAGUAUCCCGGGAGAGCAGCGCACAUUAAUCACUAGCCUGUUCAAUCUCAGCCUGCCCUGGGUUUGUCCCUGAACAUGUUCAUAAUAAAAAUGUGCUGAUCAAACACAUUUCGAUGUAUAUCUUGAUGAUAACCAUAAGCUAUGUGUGAAUAUUUGCAAAUGUUGUAUACCUGUCAUCAUACUGAACUUUUUGAAAUGUCUGAUAUCUUAAAUGUUGUAACCGAGCACGAAAAAAAAAAGAAUAAAAAAAAAAAAGCAUUGUACAAUGUUUUCCUAUGGAUAAAGUCCUAAUGUGAACGCUGAUGUUUAUUUUCCUUCUACUAUUGUAUCUUUUUAACGUCUAAAUGGCAGAGAAUUGAGAAGUGAGAUUGCAAGCGCAUGAUCUAUACACCCGAACUGCUUCAUUAACCUAAAGAAGUUUUCAAGCCUAUAGUAUCCCUUUAACAGUUAUGUGGUUGGCACUCUGAGAGUUUACACUUUCUUGAUAAGAUAAAGGAUUAAUUAUGAAGCACAUACAGCUUGUACUGUGUUAUAUCUAACAUGACUGUUUAUAUUGUCAUUUACCACUUUAAGCCUAAAAUAAAGAGAUCUCAAUGAGUCAGGGACCCAACAAGACAGAGCACAGUAGAGAAGAGAGGGAAUGUAUAUACAAUGGGAAAUAUGUUACCAAGCGAAAAAAGCCCUAUCUAGCAUAACCCUCGUAACCAGGUUUUUAGCCCUUCCUUAUAUUCUAUGACCAUUACGAUAUGCUAAGCAGCUUUGAUUUUGUAUGUGCAUGUCUUAUGCUCCAAUAAUUUGUUGCACUGGCGCCGGUAUACUUAGCCAUUUCCUAGGGACAUUUAGGGACUUCCAAGCCCCAGCUCCCAGUCUAUCCUCCUGCACCACUCUCCGACCAAGAGGAGAUUUAUAGGGACAAUCUUUAGGGGAUAUACAACAUUACCUCCCCUUUCCUUACCAAUACCCGGGAUUGUCAAGAACACCAUGUCAUAUUAAGGAGACACUCCACUGUCCAAAUCCAAAAUAAAAGAAAAAUCACUAUUCACCAAAAGCGAAACCUAAACCGGGCAAACCAAGGUCUGACCCCGAUGCCGACCUAGUCACCACCGGAGUGCUGAAAGCCUUACUAGCAGACCUGCAAAAAAAUAUCCUCACAGACGUCUCUGCAUUAAGGGGAGAGCUGCAGGGCCUGAUAGGCCGUAUUACCGUGCUGGAAGACUCCUCUCGAAACCACCAGCGCACCAUCAUCGUACUGCAGGGUGACAUGCAGGAGCUGCACCGCAAACACACACUACUUGAACGGCACCUGGAUGCCCAAGAAGACACGAGAAGGAGACAAUAUUAAGGUCAGGGGGAUCCCGGAGGGACCACCAGAGGCAGAUCUUCCACACAAAAUUCAAAGCCUCUUGGCAGCCAUACUCCCCCCGGGACAAAACACAUCUAUCGAACCCACAGACCUUUACCGGAUCCCAAAGCCCACUGGGGCCCCAGUGGCAAGCACAAGGGACCCAAUCCUGACCUUUAAGGAUGGUAGGGACAAGGCAACGGUCCUCAAUGCCCUCCGAGGUAAAACUCCCUUGAAAUUCGAGAAUGCAACACUCACCUUUUAUAACGACUUGUCAAGGGGAACCUUGGCAGGGCGCAGAUCGCUCCGACCCCUCACCGCCACACUUCAGCACCAGAAGAUCCCAUACCGCUGGAGGUCCCCUCACAUACUCCUCGUGCAAAGGGGUGAGACCACCCACCAAAUUCAUGACCCACAAGACGCAACAGAGCUGCUACUGGCCUUGGGCCUAACCUGGGACUCACUCCUCCAAACGGGCCUCCAGGCCCCCUCCACACCGAAUACCAGCUGGGACCCGGCGAACAGCGCACCAUUUGUGCCUCGAAAUCCUACACCAGUCAUCUAUGCUGCGGUCACCACCUAAGCAGAACAGAGGCGCCCGCGCUCAAAUCCUGGCACUGCCAGCACCUGGCAACAUUGGAUUACCGUGCUAGACAGGGAUAACUUGUAACCCCCAGGACUCAAGACAUUUGCAUCUCAGGCUCUGGGGCAAUCCUUUUCCUAGUCCAUGGAGGCUGCCACAACACUGCAACACAAACUUUUAUUUUUUUCCUCACCUUUUUAUUAUCCACCCAUUAUUUUUCAUGGGUUCUGCCAGCCCUUGGAACGAGACUCAUGCCUGGGGGACCCCAGGGAACUUUGUCGCUUGGACUUACAUGAUCAGGCCUGCCCACCCACAAUUUCAAGCUAUUAUCUGUUUAUUAGUCAUCUAAUCUACUUAGUUAGCCUCUAAAUAGGCACAUAUAGACGCAAUCGUACUGUUUACUUUACUUUGCUAGGUCUAGCGUUGUGUAUAUAGCGAGAUAUGUCAUAACCGCUACGGUGGUUUGGCCUGCCCCACAGACCUCCCAGGCACUCAGCCUAUAACACUCCUUAAACGACAGCCAUUGUCCCACGGUUCAAAGAUCGAUCCCAAAAGUUGGUCGGUGUUUAUUGUCUAGUGCUUAUUAACUGACCCAGCCCAUGGAGCAGCCUAGUUAGGCAUCUAGAGCAUUGACUAAAGAAACGUCACUAUGGUCAGCUCAGCAUAUAAUAGAUAUAUAGACAAGAUGGCUACUGUACGAUUACACUGGUAUUAAUAAGUUUAUAUAAUUUUUUUUUCUUCUUCCUUCCUUUUUAAUAAAGUUGUGCCCUUAACAAUUGGACUGGCAAAUUAGCCUACCGCCAUGUAAGGCCACUUAAAUUCGCGGCUAGUGCGAUCGCACCACCAAUUAAAAUCACCCAAAUUGGAAAACAUUCCUAAUGUAAUUUUACAUAUAAAUGCAUCACUCAAUAUGGUAUUCACCACAAACCUGUGCGUAACUCACCUAUUAGUGACUUGCUCUCAUUUCUAUAUAAAAAGUAUGCAAAGUUGAAAAUGCAAUUUUUUUUUCUUUUUUUUUUCUUUUAUAUAUAUGCCUCGUUUGGCCAAGUACAUUAUUGGAUGACACCUACUCUCGUUAUUUUGUUUCAUGUCUUUGUUAGCCCAUGUCGGGGAUCCCAGGGGGUCUCUCUUAUAGAUCACUCGUUCAGACUAUCACAAUGUAUUCUUGAAUAACUUAAGUUAAGUAUAUUGAAUGUAUAGCUCGUUAGUUAACUCAAGGAGGUUACCUCAGGUCCAGAACAUGUUAGCAUCAUACCAAACGGACAAAACGGAAUACCAAUCUCAUGUUUACCUAUUGAUAUGCUUGACUACUUAGCACGUUAUUUCAAAUAAGCAUAACCUGUAUAAUAACCUGUUAUAUUCCUAUCUAACAAAAAUUUGCAAAUGUAUCAUGCCAUGAACGUGUCUGCAUUAACCUGCCUGUGUCUGCUGUCGUGGCUACACGGGUAUGCUUGUAAAGUCUUUUUGCACCAAAAAAAAAGAAUAAAAAAAAAAAGAAAACUUUUCGGGAAGGGAAAGUGCUUUAGGGUUCUGGAGUGUCCAUUUAAAAGAAUUUUUCACAAAAUGUCCUUUUAAAAAAAAAAAACAUUUGACAUUAUUAAUCAUGGCAUAUGCUUUAUUUUUCUCCUCAAACUUCAACCUUAUAAAACAGUAUUAAAUAUAUUUAUAUCUAUAUAUCUAAACGUCUUAAGCUAAAACAAGCCAAGAUAGUUGUGAACUCCAGCAAACCUGUUGCAUGUUGCAUAUUCUCCAUUUAAUUGUUGAUAAAAUCCUGACACCUUCUUCAUACUAUGUCACAAUGGCCUUGCACUACAGGAGUGGAUGAUAAAGGCUGAGUGCAUAUCUAAACUGCUGAUAGUACAAAUAAUCUUCAGGAAGCUAUGGAACAGUGUUACACAAUACAGACAUGGACAUUGAUGAUAUUACUGUAAACAGAGGAAGUGUGGGUUGUACAUUUCCCCAAAAAUAUUAGCAUCCAUGAAGCAACCACUUGUCACGAUUGUUAGAAAGACUUUGAAAGCAGGCAGUGCUAUGAUACUUAGCACUCUUGUAAAUGUGAACUUUACAAAUAGUGAAUGUUAAAUUAUCUUGGGGGUUUAUUCACAAAACUUUGAACUGUGGGAAGUUCCACUCUUCAGGCUAAAACAGACAAACAGGAGCUGGAGACUUCUUCCAAAUUAUGGAUGAAAUUGUACAUUCAAUGCAUUAUGGAUCAUAACUAGAUUUCCCACUUACAAUACCAUGCAUUCAGGGGCUACUACUAAAAGGGGAAAGAUCGAAUGUUCCCACCCCGCCCCCACCUAAUACUGGCAGAUGGGGGCUGUUAUAAUAUCAAGGGGGACCUAAUGUUCCCACCCAUUAGCAGUGGGUGAUGGCUCUAAUUAAAACAUAUACUUAUACUUACCAUCCGUAAUUGAAUUAUUUAAAAUAAAAAACGCCCAAUACGCACAAAUAAUUAUGAACUAGAUGCAAGGGCUCCACUCAGAAUGAAGUUUCAAAGUGGGAAAAGUCUUGUUAAAAGUUUUCCAUGGUUUGAAUGCUCAUUAGAGCGUUCUGAUUGGUUGGCUUGUAAACCAACCAAUCUGAGCGCUCCCACCGGCAAGUUUCACAUCUCUCAAGACUUGCCAUGGGAAUAUUCCUAGCAACUGACCCGUUCAGUGAAUAAGCUGAAUUUAAAAGUAUGAAUGGCUCUGUAUGCAGCAGGAUAUUUUUUCCUCAUUCAGUAUGAGCCAUUAGGAUUUUUCUCAAUAACCCUGUUGGCAAAUAAACUUAUGAGGAUGUAAUACUCAAAUAAAAAAGAAAAAUAAAUUUCUGUCUCUAGGGCUUAUGCAGGGAAAAAGGUUUCAAUUUAUUUUGCUCAAUAGUUGAUUGAGGUCUUUGUCCAUCCAGGCCUUAAUUGAAAAAUAACAAAUGUAAUUCCUCUGAAUUUUGAAAAACUAACUGCAUAUUAAAUUCAUUAAUGUAUCUUAAAUUUGUUUAUUCAAAAUGAUGACCUGACUCCUACUGAUGUUCUGCUUUGAUGCAACCCCUCCCCAUCACUAAAUCUGAUUGCUAAAUUGUUUUUUUGUUUCCUUACCUGUUCCUAAAAAUGGUGAGAACAACUUCUAGCAUUUGGGAACAUUUCCAUAGUGCAAUUUCUUCUGAGAAAAACCAUCAAUUUGCAUAUAGUGAGGAAAAAAUACACUUUUCUAAAUGCUUCCAAGAGGACAAAAUAGAUAAUUGCAUGCCAGAGGUGUUACCAAUCAUAUCCUUCGCACAGGGAAUAAUUGGUCAAUGUUUCCAUAUGAAAAGACACACAAUGAGAAACAAACUCAAAAAAACUAUAAAGUUCUUUUUUAGUGUGAGAAAAAACUGUCUCAUUCUGCAGGCAGAAAAAGCAAGUAAAAAAAUAAUUUUCUUCAUAUUUAUCUGCUUCUUUGCCCAAAUGUUUUCUAUGCCUACCUCAGGUGGGACACUGAUCUAACCCUUAAAGGAUCACUAUAGUCAACAUAUAAAAGCAAGAAAGACAGGUCCCCUAGCCUUCUUUUUUCGCUUUUAUAUUAACUUCCCCUUAAUAAAAAAUAUUUUUGAGUCCUUAUUAUAGAUAAAACUUCUGUUCCAACACCGAAAUCCUCAUCAGGCUGCGCCCCCUUUUUCGUCAAAAUGAUGAAAUAGCAGGGCUCAGAUGCUUCUCUUAGCGUCAUAGCGAUCUGGUGCGAAUGCGCGGCUUCACACUGCACUAUUCACGUUCUUCAUAGAGCGGCAUUAAAUGCUGCCCUAUAAAUGAAACCUGAGCGCUCUCUUUGCGUGCUGCAACCACGUUCAACAGGCAGAGUAGAUAUAAUGUGUGCAUUGGAUUAUGAUUUAUGACUAAUAUUAUUUAGAAUUUAGAGAACACAGAGAUUGCAUUCUCUGAAAUUUUAUCACUCAGAAAUUUUAUUAUAUAAAGUCACAUAAUCACUAAAAUAUUUGUUCUAAUACUCUGCUUUUGAAUUGACUUAGGAACCUAAUCUUUCUGGGUGAUCAUAGAGGGCAAUAGAUCAUCAUGGUUAGUUUUAUAUCCGACAUGAUAUGGUUAGGUUAAUAAUCUAGCCGAUUUAUAGGUGAAACUGACAUGUAAAACCACCCUCUUUAUUUUAUUUUUUCAUUCUCUCUCCAACUUACAGUAUUUUUUAUAAAAUUUACUAUGGAUGAUGAUACGUCUGCAGAGAGUUAAUUAUGGAUGCCUCUCUUCCCCUACUUCGUGUCUUAAAUAAGACAUUAGUUAUGUGUUGGUAUGAUGCUGACAUGUACGACAGCGCCCAAGGUUGAACCUCUGAACUCUUUAGUGUUCUAUUUUAGAAUUGACCCUUGUGUUAUUCCCAAAACCAAUUUGUAUUUUAUAUGUGUUUUAUGUUUACUCUGGUGUUGUGCAGUGGAGCUAGGGCUUCAUUGGUUAUAAACCUAUGAAUAUGGUUACAUUUAUUUUAGUGAAUGCACAGGGCAUGAAUACUCUCAGAAAUGAAUGCAGGUAUAUAACGAUCUUUUUAUGGACUAGCAUGGAAAUUAGAUAACAGCCUGCUAUAUAACAAGAUGAACAAAGAUAAUUUAGAAAUAUUGAUUGAUUGUUUUUUUACAGAAAAGGAUCAUGCAGGCACCUCUUAUAUUAACACAUGGUGUGCUUUUAAAUCUGUGCUAGGAGACCAUUUAAUUAAGAUGAAACAUGAAUAUAACAAAAAUAAAGAUCUGUCUUCUCUAUACAUUUCUUUACAUAAAAUCGAUGCAAAAAAUAAAAAUGAUCCCACACAGGAAAGUGCAAUAAAGAUUAUCGAUGUUUAAAUGAAAAUGUAGCAAAAAAAUAUGGGUAAAUUAAAACAUAGGUUUUAUUGCCUUUCUAAUAAGCUUAGAAAACAAUAUAGCUCACGCAUAACAAAAAUCAUACAUAAUAACUAAAUGUAUGUCUCUCUCCAAUAUUGGUAGCUGUUUUAAUAACUAUUAUGGACAAUUAUAUAAUUUGAUGGCAGAUACUUCUCUAACGUUCGUUGAACACUAUUUAUGUAAAAUCGAGAUUCCAAAUAUUUCUAAGUCACAACAGUCUAAUCUUAAUAGACCUAUAAGCAAAGAAGAGGUAGAGAAAGCUAUCUUAAAAUUGGAGAUGUCUAAAAGCCAUGGCCAAAUUAAUUCACCUUUCUAUUUUUUCAAACUUUUAAAACCCAAUUGAGCAUAUAUUUGACCCCAAUAUUCAAUAACACUGUCCAAAUAAGCUUUUACCCAGACAAAAUGACCAGGGUUGACAUUCUUCCCAAUUUAAAACAAAGGAAAAAACCCUCAGUAAGUCUCUAGCUAUCGGUCUAUCUCCUUAAUAAACGUAGAUGUCAAAUUGUUUUCAUCUGUUGUUGCUGACCAUUUAAAAUAGACACAUUAAUUCAUCAGACCAAAUCAAGUUUAUACCCAGAAAAUUGUCAGACUUUAAUACAAGGAGAAUAAUUGAUAUCCUCGAUGGCUGUAAGAGAAAGGGCACUCCACUUUUAACUAUUUCAAUUGACACAGAAAAAGCGUUUGAUAGGCUAAUUUGGAGAUUUUUUAGAUCAUACCUUACAGUCAUAUAACAUCUAAGACUGGAUUCUAGAAGCAAUUAUGACUCUGUAUAAAAAUCCCUCAGCCAGAACUAUUGGGCCAAAUAUCUGCUAUAUCUGGAUUGGUUCACAAUUGUCAAACGGACCAGGCAAGGUUGCCCAUUGUUCACUUUAUUAUAUAUAUAUAUAUAUAUAUACACAUAUACUCUCAAUAGAACCUUUUGCUAUAAAUAAAGUCAGGAAUGAGGAGCUCAAAAUAUACAUCUAUGUGGAUGAUAUCCUAUUAACAAUAGAUAAUAAUAAAACAAUCCUUAGAUAAUUGAUGGAAGAAUUCAAUAAGUACUAUUUCUAAUUACCAAUUGAGUAUUGACAAGAUGAUCCUAAUGGGCAUACGACUAGCUAAAGAUAUCCAAAAUGAGAUUCGAGUGAGAUAUGGUUUUGUGUGGGCAAGGAAGAAAUUUGAUUAUUUGGGGAUUAUGAUCACUAAGAAUAUAGAUAGAAUGAUGAAGAUCAUGUUGAUGAAUCUCUUGAAAAUCACAAAUCAUUUACUUAAAGAUUGAAGGCAUGUUGAGAUAUCUUGGUUGGGGAGUAUUUAUGUUGUAAAUUCCUAUAUACUACCGAAGUGGAAUUACCUUUUUCCAAAUCAUUCCUCUAACAUUUCCAGAUAGAUUUGCUAGCCCUACCACAAAUUACCUUUUCCUCUUUUAUUUGAAGAGGUAAAAAGUCUAUGAAUAAUAAAAAAAAUGUAAUCUUAAAGUACCGCCGAUGGUGGUUUAAAUUAUCCAAACAUUAGAUCUCACUACUUAGCCAAUAUGAUAUCACACGUCCAUAGUACCCAGACUCAAAGAUUUUACAGCAUGGCGAAUUGAUCCCCUUUGCAAUUUAAUCCAGUAAUUCCAUUUGCCUAUUUCUGAAAUCUUUACAUAUCUCAGAGUCAAGCACUAUUUGCAAAAUGAUUUGACACAAAUUAGCUUUAAUCUUGCUAAGGCAUUAACAAAGAUCUUUUGCAACGAAACAGUUCCAAAGAUAUUAACUAAAGCUAUUGCUAUAAUUAAAGUUAUAAAUUAUGUGGAAGCUACAUCUCAGAAGAAACCAUGGGAGAGACUUUAGAUCAAGAUGCAUGGUGUAAAUUUCUUAACACUACUGGUAAACAAGUUCAAUGCUUAAAUCUAGUAGAAAUCAAAUACAAAGUUAUGCAUAGAUGGUACUUGGUGCCGACCAGACUAGAAAGUAUAUAUGAGGAUUCCUUUCCUUGGUGCUGUCUACAGAAAGAGGGUAUUUUUUUUCCACAUUUGGUUGGGUUGUUCGAGAAUUAAAAAUGCUUUAGAUAUACUUUUUAGUUAUAAACAAAUAUAAAUCUGGAGAGACACCGUGCUGUUGUUUUACUACACAUGCACUGGCCAAAGAUGUCUUGGAAAAAUGAGAACUUUAUCAUGCACCGUUUUAUUGCCUUUAAGACUAUUUUAGCUUGUAAUUGGAAAAAUGCAAAUGACUUACCCUGGGAUUUAAUUAAAGCCCAAUUGCUUUUACAGCUCAGGAUGGAAAGAUACUUGAGUCUGUCCUUCCUGAACUCCAUAAAGAGACAUGGUAUUUUAUCUUACUUACUAUAAUAGAUACUUUGAGUAAAGCUUAUUAAACGCGCAGUUCAGGUCUAUGCUCUGUUGCAUUCUAACUAAAAUAUAGGAUAAGGUAGGCUUCCUGGGUCAAGGAGGCAAAGUGUGGGCAGGGCCAGCCACGAGGAAACCUGCACAGUGCUGCAAAAGCGUGAGUAAAAUACAUUUUUCAUGUGAGGCAAGUGGGGCUUUUCUAUAUAUGGUGUUUUCAAACCUAUAGUGUCAGGAAUACACAUUUAUAUUCCUGUCACUAUAGUGUUCAUUUAAUAUUAAAGUAACCUUAAUUACUACAGCAUGUUGUAGCAUUUAUGGUGCUGGAGUGCCCUGGCGCACCUUAAUAUAAGUGGCCCAACCGUUUACUCCCUGGCUCUCUGCAGCUGGAAGUUUUCUUCACUGAGCUCAUUCUCUGCAAGAGAACAGCUGGGCACAGCAGAGAUUAGCUCAGGAGAGCUAACAAAAAAUCUUGGCAAAAGCUCCUGUUGGCGGCAGAGAGUGCCACUUGGCAGACCCUAGGUAAGAAAUCAAACUCUUAGCAAAUGGUGUGGCUACUUACAUUGUGGUGGUGCGAGGGCACUCCUAGCACCAUAACCACUACAGGAUGCUAAAAUGUAAGACUAUAGAACAAGUAGAAGACUUAUAAUACAUGUUGUAAGACAGCCUUGUUUGUCUAAGCUUUGUGAAUGUUACAUAAUGAUGAGAGUAAUUUGUGGUGGGUUAUCAAAUAACUCCAAUGUGAAAUAAGAUUAAGAAAAAUCCCAGGCUGAGAACUCUCAGGCCAUUUCUAGCCCCUAAUUUGGCCCUGUAACUUUAAAAAACCUGGAAAACAUGCAGAUACUAAAGUACUUAGAGGAUUACCCCAACCACCAUGACUACUUUUGCUUUUAGAAGUGGUCAUGUUGGUAGGGGUCUGUAUGUGGAGCAUUUCUGUUUGAAAUACAUACAGAUAUAAUUGUGCCAAGGGCUAGUUACACCCCCUGCACACGUGACUUAGGCAGCCCAGAACUCUGUUCAGGGCUGCCUAAUGUCAAUUCUGUGUAAAAAGUAAGUCUGUUGUCAGCACGCAUUGCACAUUUAUGACAGACUUUGUCAGAUUCUCCCCUUGCAAGCAGCACUAAGAGCGAGCCUGCAAGAGGAAGCUUAAUCUCCUCUCUCCGUGCAGUCCCUCCCAGACCUCUCCACCUCCCUCCAUUUUGUGCAUUCAGAUUUUUUUUGUGUGUGUAAAGCUCUCUCUAGUUGACUCCCUUUCCUGUCCACACACUCCCUACCCUCCUAAUUUUAAUGGGCCAUGGAAGACAAGGCAUAAUGUCAGACGGGGUGGGCAAAACCAGCACGGGUAGCUUCACCUGGCGCAGGAUUCUAGUAAAGUUUUAACCUUUUUUAUGAUAAAAAUAAAAGGGGGUAGACAAUUGCUAUAGUGACCAAAAGGGCAUUAUUAGCAUAUAAAUACUUUCUAUGAAAAAGACUUCUAGUAAUCCUUUCCUUUAAAUAUUUACAUACAUGUAAAAAGACAAGUUUUAUUUAUUAUUUUGGUAGCACUAUACCUGCAAAAUAAUUUUACUACAGAAAUUAGAUGCAUGUGUGAAAAAUGCUGUAAAUGAGAAUAACCGUGAAUAACACUGUUAUAGUAAGUUAUCGCUGAAAUUGCUUAUGUUCUACACAUUAGCCUCACUGUGCCUUGGGACCCUAGCCCCAACUGGGUGGUUGCCUAUACAUACUGGUUUUUCAACCCCUGUAUAGUAUGUGUGUACUUUGAGAUGAGGAGAGGAGAGAAGUUGCGACUGAGGGUGUACAGUGGCCGGGGUGGACAUAGGAAUGGGAUUAAAACCAAACAAGUAUUAAGGAAAAGAAGCAGAUGGAAGGGAUCAAAUAAGGAAGAGAGAUAGGUGCUACCAGCGCUGCCUGCAAGAGCAGAGCCCUGGAAAAAAUGCAUAUAUAUGUAAAUAUAAAUACACACACACACACACACAAGCACUACCGUGGAACCAAAGAAAAAAAAGUUACCUGCGCUUUUUCCCCAUCCCUGUGUAUUUUUAAACAAAUGGAGGUUUUUAGUUACCUCCAAUGGCCAUGAGAGGGUAUGCCCACCUGCCACAUCAAGGCAGACCCCCCCAGAUGGGUCCUAACUCUAAACAUUUAGCUUGCUUCCUUGAGAUUCUGGCAAAGAUAUCUCUAAUGAAACAGAAAGGGGUAUUUUUUAUAUACACCCCUAUAUAUUAUUAACCCUUAAUAGGGAACACAUGGGAUGGGUGGCAGCAUUGUAACAUAGCUGUGUGAAACAAAAGUGAAUACAAAUACAAAGAAACUAGUCCUGCGCUCAGACUCCCAUUACUCCUGGGCGGCAGCAACAACCAUAGUACACAUCAGCCAAAAUACAUAUAGUAAAAACCAAAGAAAAAAAUUACCUGCGCUCUUUCCUAAAUCCCUGUGUAUAUUUAAACAAAUGGAGGUUUUUAGUUACCUCCAAUGGCCAUGAGAGGGUAUGCCCACCUGACACGUCAAGGCAGACCUCUUAGGUGGGUCCUAACUGUAACCAUUCGCCUUGCUUUUUUGCCAGAAACUCAACUUUUUUUUCUUUGGUUUUUACUAUAUGUAUUUUGGCUGAUGUGUACUAUAGUUAUUGCUGCCGCCCAGGAGUAAUGGGAGUUUGAGCGCAGGACUAGUUUCUUUGUAUUUGUAUUCACUUUUGUAUCACACAGCUGCCCAUCCCAUGAGUUCCCUAUUAAGGGUUAAUAAGCAUGUAGAGAUGUAUAUAAAAAAUACCCUCUUCUGUCUCAUUAGAGAUAUUUUUACCAGAAGCUCAAGAAAGCAAGGCGAAUGGUUAGCAUUAGGACCCACCUACGAGGUCUGUCUUUACGUGGCAGGUGGACAUACCCUCUCAUGGCCAUUGGAGGUAACUAAAAACCUCCAUUUGUUUAAAAAUACAUAGGGAUGUGGAAAGAGCGCAGGUAACUUAUUUCUUUGGUUUUUACUAUAUGUAUUUUGGCUGAUGUGUACUACCGUGGAACAAUGACUUAGAAGGCUGAAAUACAUUUUUUUACAUAGAUUUUAUAAAUAUAUAUAUAUAUAUAGAAAAACUAUGUUUAUAAAUUAGAACUAAUCAAUCUAGGGUAGCAAGACAACGCCAUAUUUGAAAUGUUAUAAAGGGAUAUUUAACAUUAUAACUAUAGGAUAUAUAUAUAUAUAUAUAUAUAUAUAUACUUUUAUUAUUGGUAUGUAUUUAGUCUGUUCAGGGUAAAAAAGAUUAAAUUAUACAGUAAGUAUACUCACAUGCAGGCACAGACAAUCUCACUGACACAAGCACACACACAAGUUCACUGGUACACAGGCUCACAGGCAGGCAAUCUCACUGACACACACAAGCUCAUUUACAAACACAGACAAGCUUACAGGUACACAAACUUAGUAAUAACUCUGACACACACACAAGCUUACUACAGACAAACUUAUUCCUAUACACAAAGAUGCUCACUACAGACAUGCUCACUUACAGACACACACACACAUGCAUACUGCAGACAUGCUGACUGACACACACAUACAUGCUCACUAUAGACAUGCUCACUAUAGACAUGCUCACUGACACACACAUACAUGCUCACUGCAGAUAUGCUCACUGACACACACAUACAUGCUCACUGGAGACAUGCUCACUGACACACAUACAUGGUCACUGACACACAGACAUGCUCACUGCAGACAUGCUCAUUGACACACAGACAUGCUUACUACAGACAUGCUCACUGACACACACAUACAUGCUCACUGACACACACAUACAUGCUCACUGGAGACAUGCUCACUGACACACACAUACAUGCUCACUGUAGACAUGCUCACUGACACACAGACAUGCUCACUGACACACACAUACAUGCUCACUACAGACAUGCUCACUGACACACACAUACAUGCUCACUACAGACAUGCUCACUGACACACACAUACAUGUUCACUGCAAACAUGCUGACUGACACACACAUACAUGCUCACAAUAGACAUGCUCACUGACACAAACAUACAUGCUCACUGCAGACAUGCUGACUGACACACACAUACAUGCUCACUAUAGAGAUGCUCACUGGCACAAACAUACAUGCUCACUGCAGACAUGCUGACUGACACACACAUACAUGCUCACUGGAGACAUGCUCACUGACACACACAUACAUGCUCACUGCAGACAUGCUCACUGCAGACAUGCUCACUGACACACAGACAUGCUUACUACAGACAUGCUCACUGACACACACAUACAUGCUCACUGACACACACAUACAUGCUCACUGGAGACAUGCUCACUGACACACAUACAUGCUCACUGUAGACAUGCUCACUGACACACAGACAUGCUCACUGACACACACAUACAUGCUCACUACAGACAUGCUCACUGACACACACAUACAUAUUCACUGCAGACAUGCUCACUGACACACACAUACAUGCUCAAUACAGACACGCUCACUGACACACACAUACAUGCUCACUGCGGACAUGCUCACUGACACACACAUGUUCACAACAGCAAGCAAACACACACACAUGUUCACAACAGCAAGCACGCACACACACACACACAAGAUCACUCUCACUCACUAGCUGCAGUGUAUUUGAAGCCUACCUGGCACUGUGAGGUGAGAACUCCAUUUCCUGCCCAAGUUUCACAGUGCAUUACAUAUUUGGUAUUUGUUACUUGUGGGCACGUGGCCCCUGGCACCUAUUUCCACCCACACAUCAGCUGUAUCUAAAGGUUGCAUAUAAAACAGAUCAUGUUUGUUUUCUGAAAUUUAACAUUCGGAACACCCUCCUGUGUCCAUUUAGCACUCUGCAGGCAUUUAUAGAAUAAACUCAGUGGUGCCACAUAAGUUAAAAAAGGCAGCAUAACUAGCUGUGCCAUUGCAGAAACUGCAAAGCCUGCUGAUUUGCAGCAAAUUUACAAAUGUAGGAACUCCCAAUGUGAACAACUAUUUUGUUUCUUAUUAUUUAUUUUAUUUUAUGUUGCAUUAAAUAUUAAUGAGACAACUGCUUUCUGGAGUAUCCCUUCAAGAAGAGGGGAGAAAAAAAGAAACUGUCUAAAUUCCAUUAGAAAGUAACAUUAGAAAGGUGUGUUUUCAUUAACUAACGAAUAAAUAACGAUGUAUAUCCAAAAAGGAAACAAAUAUUAGUCGUUUUCAAGCUGUUGUAAUAUUUGUAACAAAGCUUUAUGUCAUCCAGAUUACAAAUGACGAUUGACUCCAUGCUACGAUAUGUGUACCAGAAAAUCAUGGGUUGACAUCUUUUAAGGGUCAGUCUUGUUUUGGUAGUGCUGAUAGUAACAACAGUUCUGGAACAGUGUGGGGGAGUGUGUGAAAGCAGAAGUGAAGUAAAAAAUGGGUAUUUUAAAGUAAGUGGGAACAAGCAUCAAUUUCCUUGAGCAAUAUGUUUCCUGAGUCUUACAAAGUGUCUAUGUAAUGGGCAGACAACUUCUCUCAAUUCUAAUGCUGCUCUAAAAGUCUCACUUCCCUGUCUUCCAACAUAGCAAGGGAUUUGUGCUGAAUUAACAAAAUAAAACCUAAUCCUGUAGAAGUUGUGUUUUUUUUAACAUCUACAUUGCAAAAUAUAGUUCUUGGUAACACACGCAAACUGCGUGCAUGCGAAAGUGAAUGUCACUGUGUAACUUAAAGCUGAUACAGCUGCUAUAUAUAAAGCUACAUAAAGAACACAAGUUAAACAAAACAAGGAAUUUUAAUUUACUAUUUUAGCAAAAUGUAUAACCUUCAUCAAUCUCAAUGGUCUGAAAACCGCUACUUAUAUGAAGAGUGACUCAAGAUAUGUUGUUGCUUGGCUCAGGGCACUAUGAAGCUCUCUCCCAUCCACCAGAGCUCCGCCUCAUGAAGUUACACCCACACAAUAUAACUCUUACUCCCAUCAAGCCAUAAAAUCUAUAUUCCCCUUACUGCUCGCUCCCUCAUGUAAUAUGUGCAUUUGACUGACUCUCCAACUCAUCUCCUAAUUUUCUUUGUCACUCAGUUAAUAUCACCUGAUAUUGAUCUAUUACUUAUAAAAACAAUAUAGCCAUUUACCCAGUACAGUUACCCCAAUAUUUUCCUAAUUGCUUUUUUUUUUUUACUAAUUCCGCAAUUCCCUAAUUGCAUUCCCCCAUUAAUCCUACCCUAUCCACCUGCCAUACUCAUAAAUUCAUACACCCUAGCCCUAUUCCCCAUUAAUCUACAACCGGUCCCUUCCUUCUCUUGUAAAUCUGCCCCAGUCCCAUCGCUUUUCAAUAAAUAUCAGCCAUAUCCCUUCCCAGCCAAAUGGACCCCCGGUCUACUUCUACCCCAACCUUAUCCUUGCCCAGUACCACUCCACCCCAGCCACAUUCAUCCAUAGUGUGCCUCUUCUAAGCCACAUGAUCCACCUAUGUUAGAUAAUACAGUUACAAAAAAGUUCAUAGUAUUUAUAGUACUUAUCAUAACUUUGGGAUUAAUUAUCCAGCAGGUAAGAAAUAAGGUUUGUUUAGAUUUUAAUUCUGUGUGAUUACUCUAAAUAUUGCCGAAAUUUAGAGCUUCAUAAAGGGAUGUAUAAUUUGUUUACGGCAAAAUAAAAAUGUAUAGUAGUCUUUGAAGUAAGGCUGAUCAAAGUGUUGUCACAGUUUAACAAAUUCUGCCUUCAAUAAAAGAGCUAGAGUUUAUUCCUGAAUAUCAAUUCUGUCACUUAGUUUAAAUUGUGGGGAAAUCAACAUUGGUAUCUCGGUGGUGUUGUGUUCCACUUUCAGAACUUUGCUUUGGGCUCUUUACACACAAUAAUCUUUCAUAGCCGCAUUACUUAAGUACUGGAAAAGAAGGUCUACAGAGUCCUGUUUUCCCUGUGCAAUACCCCUUCAGCCAUUUACCUUAAUUAAUGUUUUCCUAUGGACAUCCAACUUGAGUUCAAUGCAAUCUUCACACUGAGAAUCGCAAAAGCGACCUCUAGUGGCUGUCAGGGAUUAACCCUCAAUGUAAACAUACAGUCCCCCUGCUGGUGGGAAAGUAAAAAAAAAGAAUUCAACAUGUUUAAAAAUAAAAUAAAUGUAUUUAUAUAUAUAUAUAUAUAUAUAUAUAUAUAAUAUAUGUAUAUCUGUUAUAUAUAUGUAACGUCAUACAAAGUGUAUUUUAAUAUUAAUAUAAGUAUAUAUAUAUUAGUAUUAAAAUACACUUAGAAUGACGUUACAUAUAUAUAAUAUAUAUAUAUAUAUUAUAUAUAUAUAUAAUAGAUAUAUACACAUAUAUUAUAUAUAUAUAUAUAUAUAUAUAUACGUAUAAUUGCAAUAAUAAAUAAAUAAAAUAAUAAAAUAAAUAAAUAAAAUUUUGAAACAAAAUUUAAUAUAAAUUAUAUAUUCAUAUGUAAUUUCAUUCUAACUGUAUUUUGUUAUUAAUAUGUAUAUAUUGGUAACAAAAUACACUUAGAAUGACAUUCUAUAUAUAUCUAUCUAUAUAUAAAAUACAAAUAACUGCAAAUAUAAAUAUAUAGAUAAAUACAUAUAAUUACAUAAAAGAUAACAUUAGUAUACACGUAAAAUUUAAAUACCUAUAAAUGCAUAUAUAUUAAAAUUCUACAUGUAUAUUUAAGUAAUCUUUUAACAUAAUUAUGUGAUUUGAUUAAUUAAAAUUUGAUUGAAAUGCCUGACAACACAGGGAGAAAGUGCAGAGAAUUUAAUUCACAAGCACUAUAUUUGACCCUGUAACUCUCCAAGACACCAUAACACCUGUACAUAGGGGGUACUGUUUUACUCAGGAGACUUCGCUGAACUCAAAUAUUAGUGUUUCAAACUGGUAAAUUGUAUUACAACGAUGAUAUUUUAAGUAAAAGUGAAGUUUUUUGCAUUUUUUACAAACGAACGGCACUUUUAUGGACUAUAUUAUUGUUGUAAUAUGUUUUAUUGUUUUAAAACACUAAUAUUUGUGUUUAGUGAAGUCUCCCGAGAAUAACAGUACCCCCCAUGUACAGGUUUUAUGGUGUUUUGGAAAGUUAGAGAGUCACAUAUAAGGCUUGCAUUUCAUUUUUUUGACAUUGAAAUUUGCCAGAUUGGUUACGUUGCCUUUGAGAACGUAUGGUAGCCCAGGAAUGAGAUUUACCCCCAUGAUGGCAUACCAUUUGCAAAAGUAGACAACCCAAGGUAUUGCAAGUGGGGUAUGUCCAGUCUUUCUUAGUAGCCACUUAGUCACAAACACUGGCGAAAUAUUAAUUUUUUGCUUUUUUCACACAAAAACAAAUAUGAACGCUAACUUUGGCCAGUGUUUGUGACUAAGUGGCUACUAAAAAAAAAAAAAGACUAAACAUAAAAUAUGUGCAUUUUUUUGCAGUAAAACCUAACAGUAUUAUGACAUUCACAGCUAAAAUGUCAGACGGAAAUACAAAUAAAUAAAAAAAAAAAAUCUUAUUUUCUCACAUUUUUUUAAAUUUUAUUCAUAAUAAAUUAUGUUUCAUAUAUGAAUAGUUAAUUAUAAAUUAAAGCCCUGUUUCUCCUGAACAAAAUGGUAUAUAAUAAGUGUGGGUGCACUUAAUGUGACAGCGGUGAAUUACGGUUGAACAGACAUAUAGCGCAAAUUCCAGUUUUUGUUUACGUUUUGUUUUGAACAGAACGUGCACUAUUGACUCCGUCCUGAAGGGGUUAAUUAUGAUCUGGACCCUUUUUUUUUUCUUAUCUGUCUCUUUCCAUAUUAUCAAAGAACACACGGGAAGAUUAACAGUUGGUUUCUGUUAUUUUAUGCUUAAUUGAAAAUGAGAAGCAAUUAAUUGACUGCAAUAUUGCUACAGUUUUUAAUGUAAUAAAACAUUUUAAUUCAAAUAACAGUUUUGUUUUUUCUGACAUCUUUUUAUCACAGCUCUGGCUUCUCCAGUUAUUGAACCUGUUGGAGAAGAGCUUAUUAUCAAAAAAGGAGAAUCCAUUACUUUAAAUUGCUCUGGGACACAGACUGUGACAUGGAAGAUGCCAAGCUUAUCAAAAAAAAUAAAAGUUACAAACAAUGACACCAUGAGCAUGCUGGAAAUUACCGGGGCAACAAAUGCGCAAACUGGGACCUACGAAUGUUUCUACAGCACAAACGUUUCAGAAAAGGCCUCAGUGCACCUCUUUGUAACAGGUAAGAAUAUUCUGUACAAACUUUGUAAUAAGCUCAAAUCUAAUACCUGCCGUCAUUUAGUUUAAUCUCUUUUAAUGUUUUAAUGCUGAAUGGGUAUCCCCAGCAGCUUGUCCCCUCUCUUCUACUUUGUAUAAAGAGAAAGCAAUGGGCUGUGGUGAUUGGAUAAGAGUGUCACCUGGCCACUUUCGAUCUAUCUCAACUUUCAUUGCUGAAGUUAAUUGGUAUGACUAAGGAAGGGUGUAUUCUCUGCCUUAACCAUAACUCCAGUCAGAGCCGCCAGGGACACUCGCUCAGGGGACUCCAGGCACCAUGGGCGUCCACAGGAAUUUUUCCGGGGGGGGGGGCAUAAUUGUAAUGACAUCCACGCUUGGCCCCUUUUUGACAGUGUCAUGAAAGGGAAGGGGCAUAGCCAUUAUCACAUAAAGCCAGGGUGAAUAGCUUUUUUACAACUAUGGUGUCAGGAAUAUAUGUUUGUAUUCCUGACACUAUAGUGUUCCUUUAAGCAAAUUAAAGGAACAUUCUGGUUGCCAUAACAACUUCAACUAAAUGAAAAUGCUAUGAUGCAAAGAGGCCCUGGGCGCUCUCUUUCCUUUAAGGGGUGAUACCACUCUCAAAUGGUUUACCCCCAAAGGCUUCCUCCAGCUCCAGAUCUCCAGGUCGCUCAGUGGUAUUCAGCUUCUUAAACGGAGUGUCAGGAAGUGCAGAUUGAUCAGGCAUAGAGUGGUCAGCUGACGCUCUAAGCCAAUCGCUAGUUCCCGAUUCAUAAAAAUGUUUUACGUUUUCAUGAAUGGGGAGCUACUGAUUGGCUUAGAGUGCCAGCUGACCCUCUAGCCAAUCAGUGGCACCCCUACCUAGUGGCCCUCUGUGUUUCCUGACACUCAGUAAAUUAAAGUGAACACAUUAACACUGAUAUUUAUUUUUUUACCUGGGGAGAUGAGAAGGUCUAAAGUUUCCCUGUCAGGCCCAGGUACCAUAGCCUUAUGAUGUGCUGUCCAGAAUGAAGUGCUCCAAUCUCAUUUUCUUCUCCUUCAUUUGACACAGUCUUCUUUUUCUUCUGAGGCUCCUUCUGCAAAGGCGGCUCUAGACUUUAUGAGGCCUUAGGCAAAACUCAAACAUGAGACCCCACUAACAAAAAAGUGAAAAAAAUAGAGUUGCAAUACAUGCACACUGUCACAUAUACACAUUGAUGCACAGUUUACCUGUGUAUGGGCCUGAGAAUGUGUCUGACAGAGAGUGUGUGUGUGUGUGUGUGUGUGUGUGUGAAUGUAUGUCUCUGUGAGCAUGUUUGCGUUUUUGUCUGAUACCCUAUGUGUAUGGGGUAGCUGCUUAAAGAGGGGGGUCAUAGUGAGAGGGAGAGGCGGGUGAUGGUGAGAGGGAGAGGCGGGUGAUGGUGAUGGUGAGAGGCAGGUGAUGGUGGGGGUGAUGCUUAGGGGAGUGAUGGUGAGGGGGCGUAAUGCUGAGGGAGGGGGGUGAUGGUGACGGAGGGGGUGCUGCUGAGGGAGGGGUGAUGGGGGUACGCUGUGGGUGGUUAGGGGGUGAUGCUGAGGGAGGGAGUGAUGGUGAGGGGGGGUAAUGCUGAGGGUGGUGAUGCUGAGGGAGGAGUACACUGAGGGGUAUAGUGAGGGGUGAUGCUGGGAGGAAGGGGGUGAGGGGGGGUGAUGCUGAGGGUGGUGAGGGGGGGGGUGAUGCUGAGGUGGUGAGGGGGUGAUAGUGAGGGGUGAUGCUGGGAUGGAGGGGGUGAUGCUGAGGGGUGGUGAUGUGAGGUGAGGGGGGUAAUGCUGAGGGUGGUGAGGGGGGGUGAUGCUGAGGGAGGGGGUACGCUGAGGUUUGAGAGGGGUUAUAGUGAGGGGGUGAUGCUGAGGGUGUGAGAGGGGGGUGAUAGUGAGGGGGGGGCUGAUGCUGAGGGUGGUGAGGGGGUGAGUGCUGAGGGAGGGGGUAAUGCUGAGGGUUUGAGGAGGGGUGAUAGGAGGGGGGGUGAUAAGGGUGGUGAGGGGGUGAUGCUGAGAGAGGGGGGUAAUGCUGAGGGUGUGAGAGGGGUUAUAGUGAGGGGGUGAUGCUGAGGGUGUGAGAGGGGGUGAUAGUGAGGGGGGCUGAUGCUGACGGUGGUGAGGGGGGUAAUGCUGAGGUUGGUGAGGGGGUAAUAGUGCCCCCCAUCCCUCCCUUACCUGCUCUGUAGGCUGCCUCUGUGCUGCUCCUCUGCGGUUUCAGUCAUGAGCGAGAGGCAGGGAUAAGCUGUAGCUUUCUGCCUUUUAACAUUCACAGCGCCAGUAUUGCAGUGUAUUCUCACACAAACAAAAAAUAUCAGCACAAGCCCCCCCCAUCCCCCCUCCCCGUGGACGCCCAUGCCAGGCACUAUAACCAAUUCAAUGUGAUUAAAUAGUUAUAUGGUCUAGAGCACUGUUCUCCAACCCAAUCCUCAUGGACCACCAACAGUCCAGGUUUUGUCAGUAUCUCCAUUGGAAUAAAACAGAGAAAUACACAAAUCUAUGCACAAAUGUAAUGACUGUCAAUUAAUGAAUUCAUUCAAAGUCUGAACAUUUGACACCAGAGAACACUGUUAAUACGUCUCAUAGAGAAGCAUUAAAUUUACUAUUUCAAAGUAUCCAAUGGGCAGAGUGGGGUAACUGCUGUGUGUGUGCCGUGCGGCCACUUUAUGUUUCUCUAUGAGAGUUAUUGUAUUGGCUUGAGAUAAUCAAGAAUGAUAUUGCCAGAAGUGAUGAAGCAAUGGCUACAGCAAGACGAAGUAAAUGUUGGUUAAAUUUUGAGUUUAAGUAAUACAUUAUUUUAUUAGGGAGGGACUCAAUAAUCUAAGGGAGGACAGAAAAACAACAUUAUUAAUAGUAUAUAUAUAUAUAUAUAUAUAUAUAUAUAUAUAUAUAUAUAUAUAUAUAUAUAUAUAUAUAUAUAUAUAUAUAUAUAUAUAUAUAUAUAUAAAAAUAUUACUUAAAGCGGCACUGUCAUGCCGAACUUACCUUUCCUCAAUCUCUUCCUCUUCUCCCCCUCUCUCAGGAUCUGUUCUUCAUUUCUUCCUGUCUUCUUUAGUUUUCUUUAAAAUCAUAAGACAAAGUAGGGACUCUUUGCCUUAUGGAGGAUUCCUCCGCUUGACCAGCAGGGGCCAUAAUGAUAAUGAGGUGGGGGGGGACCUACUGCCCCCCCUGCCCCCACCCCUGGGCGGUGGGUGGGGGCCAUAAUGAUAAUGAUGGGGGGGACCUACUGUCCUCCCCCCCGGCCCCCACCCCUGGGCGGUGGGUGGGGGCCAUAAUGAUCAUGAGGGGGGGGACCUACUGUCCACCCCCCCUCCGGCCUUCCCCCUGGGCGGCGGGUGGGGGCCAUAAAGAUAAUGAGGGGGGGACAUACUGUUCCUUCUUCCCCACUCGGGUGGCGGUAAAUUAUAAAGAUAAUGAGGGGGGACUUACUGUCCUCCCCCGGAACCCACCCCUGGGCGGCGGGUGGGGGCCCUAAAUAAAUUUCCCCCCCCAAGGUGACUAGGGGUCCCCAAGCCCCUAGUCACCCACCCCCCCACCCAAAUAAAAAGUCCCUACCUACCCCCCUCACCUUAAAAAAUAGUGAGGGGGGAAUAAAAUAACUAACCUGUAAAGUAAAAUUAAACUUACCAUUCGACGUCUUCUUUUUUCUCAAAUCUUCAUUUUUCAGCCCCAAAAAAAGGUCAAAUAAAAAACCAUCAUAACAGUCGAACUUAAAAUAAAAUAAAAAUCCCGAGCGCAAAAAAAAAUGACGAAAAAGAAAAAACCCGAGCGCAAAAAAAUAAUCCAUCUUCACCCAUGGAGGGCUCCGCGCAGACUGAUUUCCACAGGGUCUCCCCCCUUAUUUUACUUUAGGGCCCCCACCCGUCGUUUAGAGGUGGGGGCCAAUAGUUUUUUUUUGUUUUUUUUAUGGUGAGCAGCCACAGGCUGCUCACUGUUUAGUGGACAUGCCGCUAUACCGCGAGUAGGGGCAUUGUGGAGAUUUUAAUCUCCCUUGUGCUAUUAUGGGGGUCAUAUUGACCCCCAUAGAGUGAGGGGGGCCUGGGGGGCUUAUAAAGUGGCGGGGAGCACUGCUCCCUGACGCUUCUAUAGUUACAUAUUACAAGGAGGGAGCUGCACGCCGGUAGCUCCCUCCUUGUAAUAAACUGAACGAACAAACAAACACUGAUACUCAGUGUUUGUUUGUUCGUCUGAUAUUUCUAUUCCCUCAUUCGUCUGUCUGAUGAAUGAAUGAAUAGAUGAAAUUCCCGUUCACAUGUCCAGGUGUUUCACUGGGCAUGUGCGGGAAUCUCACAGUCUAUCUAAUGUGGGCUGAUGACGUGUCCCACAGGGACUUCCUCUACCCACACAAAGAUGGCUGCGCCCUGAAUAAAGAUCGGGGCAGAAAAUAAGGAAUAAAAAAUAGGUAAUGUGGGGGGCUUAGGGGUAUUUGGGGGUGACUAGGGGUUCAAUUAGAGAUAGUGGAGGCCGGAGGGGGGUUAAAAAAAAAACAGGAUUCGGCAUGACAGUGCCGCUUUAAACUCACUUUUUAUAAUAUUAUUAAGUAUAUAUAUAUAUAUAUACUUAUAGACUUUUUCUAUGUGCACAAAAGGCCUAUUUCUCUUAAAUAUUGUUCACAAAUCUGUCUAAAUCUGUGUUAGUGAGCACUUCUCCUUUGCAAAGAUAAUCCACCUCACAGGUGUGGCAUAUUAAGAAGACUUUGUUUAUCCUGACGUCUGGCAUCCCUUGACUUUGGCUACACUUCAGUAAUCCGGACCUCUGGCAUCCUUUGACUUCGGCUAUCCCUUGACUAUCCUGCUGUUUGUGUCCUUGUCGGUAUUGCAUUGGAAUCCCCUUUCCUGCACAGCCUCCGUGCACAGAAUCACAGUCCAAGUGGCUUAUUCUCUGGCUAACCUUGGACUGUGUCUAUCUGCAAGAGUGAGCAACAUAUCUGCUAUCUGCGCUACAGACUCCCAUCUCAGGUAAGAAACCUGACACGAACACAGGUGAAUUUUAUUGAUGGCAUUUUGAAUGUACAGAGAUACCGUGACAAGAUCCUGAAGCCCAUUGUUGUGCCAUUCAUCCACGACCAUCACCUCAUGUUGCAGCAUGAUAUUUCAUGUUACAAGGAUCUGUCCACAAUUCCUGGUAGCUAAAAACAUCCCAGUUCUUGCAUGGCCAGCAUACUCACCGGACAUGUCACCCAUUGAGCAUGUUUGGGAUGCUCUGGAUCGGCGUAUACAACAGCGUGUUCCAGGUCCUGCCAAUAUCCAGAAACUUCGCAUAGCCAUUGAAGAGGAAUGGACCAACAUUCCACAGGAUACAAUCAACAACCUGAUCAACUCUAUGGAAAGUAAAUGUGUUGCACUGGGUGAGGCAAAUGGUGGUCACACCAGAUACUGACUGGUUUUCGGACCCCCCCGGAUCCCUCCACCACAGUAAAACUGCACAUUUUAGAUUGGCCUUUUAUUGUGGCCAGCCUAAGGCACACCUGUGCAAUAUUCAUGCUGUCUAAUCAGCAUCUUGAUAUGCCACAUCUGUGAGGAGGAUGGAUUAUCUCGGCAAACCCAGCUUUUUAAUCCUUUAUUCAGCAGUUUGAUUGCAAUGUGCCAAGAUUUAGCACCUUUAUUAUUUUUUUUUUUUGUAAAUGCUUUUAUUCACUGUAAUUUGCAUACAUUUGCAGCUGAAAAUGCGAACAUUUUACAAUUUAAACUGGUAUAUAAUAUUAUUGCAAUAUUACAAUACAUCAAGGUUAAUCGCUGUUGCAGUUGUGAGGUUGCUGAACUUAACAAUAACACAGCUAUCCAGGUAAAAUAUUAACCCCUUAAAUCCGGAGGGCGUACUAUUACGCCCUGCAGGAGCUGACUCUAAACGCCGGUGGGCGUAAUAGUACGCUCUCGCUAUAAUGGCCGACAACGUGGCCGGUGCUAAUCGCCCGCUGCAGAUCGCGGUUGGGGGGAUGCCUGUGGCCGGUGACCGCGAUCUGCAGUCUGUGAUCGCAGUGACAGGCUGUCACUGCAAACCGUAUUUACCGUGUGUCAGCCGAUUUCAAAUCGGCUGACACACGUGGCCGGUGGCUUUCCCCUGUGCAGAUCGCGGUCGGGGGACAUACCUGACCCCCCAGGCAGUCCCCCUGGGGUCAGUGACCGCAAUCGUCACUGUCUGAUCUCAGUGACAGCCUGUCACUGCGAUCUCAGAGCGCUCUGAUCGCAGUUACAGUCUGUCACUGCGAUCAGUGUUACAUGUGUCAGCCUAAUGGCUGAUACAUGUAAUAGGCGCCAUGAUCCCCCUGCAGAUCGGUAGGGGGAGUGCUUGUACCACCCAGGCACUCCCCCCUGUGGUCAAUUACCCAAUCUGCAGCAAGUGAUCACAGUGACAGCCAGUCCUCAGAUCACUGGCUGACACAUUGUCUCUGCCCCUCUCCUCACCUCACUUCGAUCUGAGAGAGGCAGAGAUAUCGUUGGUUUUACAGCUCCUGUGAAAAGAAAAAGUUUUAUUACUUUGAGUGCUUUCAGUGCUGAUCACAGCUUAUUACUGUCAUCUAGUACUUUUGUACUUUAUUUAAAAAAAUGUUGGGGUCAAAAAAAAUAAUUUCUCAUUUUUUUUGACCCUUUGUGUCAGUUGCAGCAACCCAAAUCUCCAUUCCCCGCUGCCGUGAUCACUAUACUGCACAGUAUAUAUGCUGUACAGUACUAUAUCAGUAAUCACUGUGAUCAGAGGGCUCUCUGAUCAGGCUUACCUUUUUUUUUUUUUUUAGGGUUAUUGUUUUCAUAACUUAAAAAUAACCCUUUCAGUACUGAUCGCAGCUGCCUAUACAUAUCGUGAGACAUCACUGAACAGAACUAGGAGUGUUUCAGGGCAGUAAACUAUAUACUGACACUAAUAUUAUCAGUAAAAGUACAGUUUUUAUGUGAAAAAUGCAACAACAAAAAAACACAAACACUAACUUUGGCUAGGGUUUGUGCCCAAGUGGCUACUACAAAAGACUGGGCAUACCCCAUUUUGAAUACCCUGGGAUGUCUACUUUUUCAAAUGGUAUGCCAUGAUGGGAAUAAAUUUCAUUUUGUGGCUGCCAUACGGUCUUAAAGGCGGCCUUGUCACAGCAAAGUCAUCUGACAAAUUUCAAUGUGAAAAAGCAUAAAUUGAUAAGCCAUAUAUAUGACCCUGUAACUUUCAAAAACCACAUAAAACCUAUACAUGGGGGGUACCGUGGCGCUCGUGAGACAUCACUGAACAGAACUAGUUGUGUUUCAGGGCAGUAAACUAUAUACUGACAAUAAUAUUAUCAAUAAAAAUACAGUUUUAAUUUUAAAAAUUUAAAAAAAAAAAACACGAACACUAACUUUGGCUAGGGUUUUUGCCCAAGUGCCUACUACAAAAGACUGGGCAUACCCCAUUUUGAAUACCCUGGGAUGUCUACUUUUUCAAAUGGUAUGCCACGAUGGGGGUAAUUUUUAUUUUUUGGCUGCCAUCCGUUCUCAAAGGCAACCUAGGCCCAGCAAACGAAUCUGUCAAAUUUAUAUGUGUAAAAAAAAUAAUGGACAAGCCGUAUAUUUGACCCUGUAACUUUCCAAAACCCUUUAAAACCUAUACAUAAGGGUUUUACUCGUGAGACAUUUCUGAAUACAAAUAUGUAUGUUUUAUUGCAAUAAAACCGAACAGUAUUGUGACAUUAACAGUUAAAUUGAAAAAUAGCAAACUUUAAUUUUUUUUACUUUUUCAGAUUUAUUCAUAUAAAAUGGAGUUCCAUAUAUGAAUGUUUGAUAUGGAAUGAAAGCCCUGUUUCCCCUGAACAAAUUGCUAUAUGAUAAGUGUGGGUGCACUUAGUAUUAGAGAGGUAAAUUAUGGUUGAAUAGACAUAGAGCCAAAUUCUGUGCUUUGUUUACAUUUUGUUUUGAUCACAACUUGUACAUUUGGCUCAGUCCUUAAGGGGUUAAGGUCGCUUCAACUGAAGUUUUAGAAAUAGAACAAAGUGCAUAUAAUCUGAAAUAUGGUGCAUAGCAUGUAAGUGGAUCUCAAGUAUAGUUUAUAUCUUACAUCUUGUUCAUGUGCAAUACGCACCCUCAAUAAACUUAUUUAGGGGGGCAAAAACAAUAUUAAGUGUGAAGUUACAGAGUGAUAAUAUGCUGUUGCAUAGAUGUGAAAACAGAUAGAAACACUAACACAGAUUUAGACAGAUUUGUGAACAAUAUUUGAGAGAAAUAGGCCUUUUGUGUACGUAGAUAAAGUCUUAGAUCUUUGCGUUCAGCUCAUGAAAAAUGGGAGCAAAAACAAAAGUGUUGCAUUUAUAAUUUUGUUCAGUGUAUAUCAGUACUCAGUAUUUACUAUAUACAUAAAAUCAUAGCUCAGUACUUUAACUUUUUCCAGAAAUAUCUUGUUUUAAAGGUUUAGUUUCUGUCCACUUUUCCUCUGAUGUUUACUGAAUGUAAUUAUUGUUAGACUGUUUUGUUUCUACAUAGUUAUAAUGGCAUCUAUAAUCAUAUUGUGAUGUUAGUGUUGGUCAUCCCAGCAGCUACAACUCUAAUUAGGUCUUCUGUGCACCAUGAGCCUGGGGAAGAUUUUAGAAACAUAUAUAACGUAUUCCCUUAUUUGAAAUUGCUACUUCUAAGUGAACAGACACCCCUAGUUAGGUUAACCAGUCCAUCUACCAGACAUUAAAAAAAAAAGUUCCAUUGGAAUAUGCCACAUACCUUAUAAGUAUAAUACAAGCAUGAUAACCAUUACAGCUUGCUGGGGUCCACCAGGCACCACUACCUGCCUCUACUACCAGUUGAACCUGGGGUCUGCCGGCAACCACUCCCCGCCUCUACUGCUAAUGCUGUAGAGCUGGAAGUUCUUAAGUAAGAGUGAUUCAAAUGUUCCCCAUGAGGUGGGCACCAGGGCACUCCAGAAACAGAAAGCUGGUGUGGUUAUAGUGCAUAUAGUGUUCAUUUAACAUUUCUCUAUACUAAUAGCUUCACUUUUACACAACCCAAUAUGCUAAUGGUCCCCAACUCUGUCCUCAAGUCAAACUUGCACCUCAAGGAUAUGUUAGAAGCCCUGUAAAGGCUAAUUGUACUGUCAGUGCUGGUCAUAUUAAGCAAAGCAUUUAGGCCAGAAAAAAAAGGCUUUUUCAGGCUAUGAACAGAACACAAGGACAAACUAGCAACUGAUUUCUUCAACUUGACACAUCUCGUAAGUUGGAUGUCUACACUCUGCUAAGCACACUUGAAUAAAAAGUGCUGCCAAUACUCUAAAAUAAAAGUUACCAUGUUAAUAGUAUUAUUUACUUUCUUCACUAGGCUCCCAGCUCUGGCAUAACCUUGAAGAUAGAAUUUAUGUUGAAGAAGACACAGAAGCCAUUUUACCAUGCUUGAUAACUGACCCAACAAUACCAAUAUCUGCGAUUUCCCUGAAAAUGAUCAGUAAUAAUAAUGUUAUCCCAAUUCCAGCAACAAUGAAUGCAACUUUUAAUCCCCAUAAAGGAUUUACUAUCUAUAAUGUGCAAAUCGAGUUUGACAAUAUAUACAUAUGUCAAGCAAGAGGGAAACAUUCUGAUGAAAUAACUCUGUCUGUAAAAGAAGGUAAGACUGAAUGGUUCUAAAAUCCUGAACUACAUAUAGAGAGGCUAAUACAAGAGAAUUGCCAAAUCCACUCAAUGCCCAAGUCAAAAUCUUGCAAAAUAAUAAUAAAAAAAAUCUUUCUUGCAAAAAUAAAUAAUGUCAAUAUUUUUGCAAUCUAAAUUUUAUCAUUCACUAACCCGCACUAUAGUGACUUAUUUCUAUCUAGAAUUCCCUAGUAAAUAUUUGUUUAAUAUAUUAACUAUUUACCAGUGCUGUCCCAUUACACAUUUGUGCAAUGAUUUAUUCUUUACUGGAUUUGACAAGAUACUAUGUAAUACAUCAAUAGCACUAGUCACAAUUUUGGAGACUUACCUUCAUACAUUUAAUCAAUAAGCAACCCAUUAGCCAUACAUAAAGUUCUUGAGCUGCCUCAAACUGAGUCAUGUUUCCAAUGAGUACUUGGCACAAGAGAAAAACUGAAACGUUGUCAAUUGUUUGCCUGAUGUUCCAACUAAAAGUCUACACCAAGAUCUUAUGAGUGUCUGGACUUUAUAUUUCUUUCCAGAUUGAUUGAUUAUUAUACAAACAUUUACAAAUAUAUUUCCCAAUCUGAAAAUGAUUGGGCCUGAAGAAAACUUACUAACUAUUAAGAAACAGUGAAUAGCAGUUGUACUGUGAUGCUAAAAUUACAUUUUUCAUUGUUCUAGUGCCAAAGGUGGUACCUUCACUUGAGCUGGACUCUUACUUACAUAUUCAAAUAGAAGGGGAACCCCUCACGAUUACCUGCAAAGUGUCAAGCAGUGUAGAACCCCAAGUGACAUGGCAACAAAAUGCAGAAAACGUAAGUAUAAAAAUAAUACUCACAGACUUAGGACUAAAAAAGGCAUAUCACAAAACAUGGUGUGAGAUUUUAAUACAUUGGUUUGGUAAUUUUUGCAGUAUCACACUAGUGUGACCAUUUAUUUUCUGUACAAUAUUACUUUGCAUGGGCUGGUGACAUCUGGCUAUAUAGGAAGUUCAGGCAAAUGAAGAGAUGCACCUAGGACACCAUGAAUGACCUGUGAUAUGCUUUGAUUUGUAUACAUAGAAACAUAGAAUGUGACGGCAGAUAAGAACCAUUUGGCCCAUCUAGUCUGCCCAGUUUUCUAAAUACUUUCAUUAGUCCCUAGCCUUAUCUUAUAGUUAGGAUAGCCUUAUGCCUAUCCCACGCAUGCUUAAACUCCUUUACUGUGUUAACCUCUACCACUUCAGCUGGAAGGCUAUUCCAUGCAUCCACUACCCUCUCAGUAAAGUAAUACUUCCUGCUAUUAUUUUUAAACCUUUGCCCCUCUAAUUUAAGACUAUGUCCUCUUGUUGUGGUAGUUUUUCUUCUAUUAAAUAUAGUCUCCUCCUUUAUGUUGAUUCCCUUUAUGUAUUUAAAUGUUUCUAUCAUAUCCCCCCGUCUCGUCUUUCCUCUUUGUGAGAUAUUUUUUGCCACAUUGUUAUUACAUAUUAACCUAUAAGGUUUGUUUCCUUUUUGUUCCUUAUGUAUUGAAGUCCAAACUUAUAAAAUGUACUUUUUGGCAACCAAUACUCUUGUAGAGAAAUCUCUUUUUAUAGAAGGACCAUUAUUUGUAAAUAAUAAAGUAGGCAAACUCUGAGAAAAAUUGUAUUUUUAUUUUUACCAGGUGUCGGUGACUGACCAGUUCACAUACAACGAACACACUUGGACCAAAAUCUCUGUAUUACGUAUCCCUGGGGUAAAAAUGACUGACAGUGGGAUUUACAAAUGCAAUGGCACAAACAAAGCAGGAUCCAGUACGACUUUCACAACUCUUAAAGUUGUAGGUAAAGAAAAUGUCUGAAUAUUAAAUAAUUGAGUUACAUUUUUAUAAGUAAAAUCAUUAUUAAAUAUAAUAAGCAGCUUGAGAAGAUGCUUGAAGACUUUUAAUAUGUGUGGGAAAAUAGUAUGAUCUCUUAAACUCCACUUGCUUCAGGAGGAAGAGAGACGGUGGUUCUGGAUAUUUGAGGUUAAUUUUAGAUAUGAAAGUGUGUGCAGUCAACUAAUAUAAGUGGAAGAUCCCCGUACGAAGCUUGGCAGAUCCAUGCAGCGAUAGGUGUAACAAAGCACCACUUCCUGCUGCCUAAGCAAAACAUAAAAUUGAACCAUCUCAAGCUUAGCACGUUUCUAGGUACAACCACUACGGCUACAUAGAAAUGAGAGAGACCUCUACACCAUAGAAUAAGGGUGCCAAACUAAUUUCCUCUGGAGGGCAUAAUUGUCCACUGCAAGAGUGCCGAAUGCACAAAAUGUAUAUACACAUACUCGCAAACAAGAAAAAAAAAGCAAGUACAAGGAACAACUUCAUAUAAUGUCAUAAAUGUAAUGUAUUACUUUCUUGCAAAAAUGAAAAAAGGUUUAUUUGUGUGUAGUGUUGGCAUUUGAAUGCAGUUGUGUGUUUGUAGUAAUAGCGUUUGAAAGUUUGUCUGUGUUUGCAUGUAGUCUUUGUGUCUGAAUGCAGGGGUGUGUUUGUGUGCAUUGAUGGCAUUGAAAUGUAGGGCCAUAUUUAUGUGCAGUGUGUUCCACGCAAGUGUAAUUCAUAUAUAUUAAUAAUACUAGCAAUAAUAAUAAUCCAUUUGCUCUAUAUGCCAUGUUUGAUGUGCUAUAUGGUUUGUUUCAGAUUUGAGACUACUCCACUGUAGUUCCAUAUUUGAGGUUUCUACUAAAAUUGAAAGAAUUUUUAUGUAUAUAGAAUCUUAUGUUUCCUCUUUUUAACUGUUAAUCUGAAUGGGUUGUUUGGUGUGAUUUUUUAAAAAAAAUUAACAAAGACAAUGAUGUAGAUUUUAAUUCUUGGGAUCUAUUUUUAUAAUAAUGAUUCACCUAUUUUGCAUACUACUUCUGCAGAAAGGGGUUAUGUUAGGCUCUCUGCCUCCCAGAACAACAGUAUUGUUUUGAAGGUGGCCCAGAAUGUGAAAAUGAAGGUAGAGAUUGAAGCAUAUCCAACGGAUCUAUACUGGCAAUGGAUCCACGUGAAUGGUGACAAUAUAGCAAAUGUGACUGCUCUUGGAAAAAUACAGUCCUCAAGACCUUACAGGUUUGAAAUCCUUACCAUGUUACCUUUACACUGACAUCAUCACUAUGAACUAAAGAUAUGUACAGGGGAAAAACCAAAGUAACAAAGUACCAAUAUAGGGAUAUAGACAGUUAUCUGCUAAAUUAGUAAAAAUCCAAAUUAGUCCUUUUCUUAAUUUCGAUUGGGAUUGCCAUAUUAGAAUAUCAAAUUAGAGAAAAAUCUACUGAAAGAUCAAAAUUAAGAAAAUCUCUGAUGAUGGCGAUUACGAGUGGGUAAAAUAAUUUCUUUCCUAAAGCACGUUACCUUGCUGAAACGCUUUAUGCAUGAAGAUUGUGUCCUUUUUUUCAUUUUACAAGCAGAUUGUAAUUGGUAAUUAUGUAAAAAAUUUAAUAAAUAAAAAAGCCUUGUUACACCCUCCUUGGCUGUCAAUCAGACAGACUUGCAAAGACUUCUCAAUGAGUUGAAUUGGAAAGUUUGUCAAUGGACAGACAUAGAAAGUCUGAAGGGGAUUGGAUCUGCAAUCUGUGCAAGCUGUUUUAAUAUGUAUAGCAAUUUUUAAAAAAAUGCUAAUUUUUAUUUAUGGUAUAUCUACUAAACAUUGAUAUUUUGCUUUAUUUCUUAUUUAUUUAUUACAUUUAGGCACUAAAGUGCCUCUUUAAGGAAUUUCUACGCCAACACCUAAAACUAAAAUGGAUUUAAGGAUUUGCCAUUUCACAAUCUAUUGUUUUGUGGGUAAUAGCCUUAAUUUUGAUAGGUCCGACCUGCUCUGAAAUGAUGAAACGAAGUCAUAAACAAUUUACCUAAUUAGUAACACAUUGCAAAUAGUUUAAAAAAAUACAAAUAAAAAACUUAAUAGCUAACGGACAAUGUAGUUGUGAACGUAAAGUCAAUUGCAGAUAUGGCAGAGGGGAUAGAUAUCCAUUUCACUAAAGCUGUAAUGAAGGAAGGGAACACAAUGUUAAAUAGUGUCCAUAACUGCAUGCUUGACAAUGUAGAAGGCAGCAAUAUAUGUGAAAAGAUAAAUAUUUACGUUGCUGACAUUAAAGAAAGAUUACAUGUCUGGUCGCCUUCGUAAUCGUAAUGCAAUAGUUUAAAUUUAGUUUCUGGUUUUUUUUAUAUAUAAAUAUAUAUACGUAUGAAUGCUCUCCUGAAUUUGCAGUUUCUAAGGAAAUUUGGAGUUAAUUGACAUUUGCUAACAUUUUUUAAAAUCUUUUUGCUGUUCUUGUAGAAACAAAUUUUAAAUAUAUAUAAUUAAAAAAAACUAUGUAUUUUUUGAGGAUUUGAAAAUGUGGCGGAUUAGAUGGGUAGCUGAAAAUGUGCUUUAUUACAGGGAUGCUACAUUUGUGCCACACAUAUUAAAAAGCAACUUCGUUACUGUGCCAUAAUAAUAGCGUUUACCUUAAAGCACAAGAUGUGAUACACCUGUACAGGUGUAUCCUAAAAUCUGCAUCAACACUGGAGAUGCUGAUACAGUAACAAAGCUCUCUUAAGAAUGCAGUGUCAGUACAACAUCACUAGAAUGCCAUUUGACCUUUGAACUCAGCUGUCUGACUUUGCUGUUUUGAAAUGUUUUGACUCUUGUUUUUUUGUUUUGUUUUAGCUAUGUGAACAUUCUCACACUGAAUCGCUUACAGAUAAAUGAGAGUGGGACCUACACCCUUUCUGUGUACAACUCAAAAGCCAAUGCUUCGUUUAGCUUUGAAGUAAUUUUGCUCCGUAAGUUCUACAAAUUAUGAAAAAUUAUGUAAACGAAUUAGGAAGCAAAAUUAAAUAUACCGGGUCUAAUAAAAAAUUAAUGAAGCUUUUAUUUUUUUAUUUUGACAUUUAAAACAGAAAGAGGUUUCACUCAGUGAAUAAGUCACAAUACAACCUAGUGAACAUUAAUAAGGAACAAAAUAAGAUAAUUUGUACUUCUUUAUUUAAUGUGCUAAAUGUUGCAUAUUGUUAUCUAGUUAUCAAGCUAUCAAUGGCAUUGGACAUUUACCGGCCCAUAAGGACUACAGUAAUACAGAGAAACUACGAUAGUAUUAAUGUAGAUAGAGACAGGCAACUGUUAUAAAGGUCAUGUAAAUUAUUAUAGCAUGAACAGAAACAGACUCUAUUUCCACAAAUCACAAUGAAACAGAGGUGAGUAAAGGAUGGUGCACUGGUUGCACCUAAGCACCACAUCUUUCAAGGCAUAUUUAUGUUCUUUAACACCUGGGGAUUCACUUUGCAGUCAAAUAGCUUGAUAACAGUGGGCAAGGCAGUACUGUGAACUCACCCAGUCAGUCAAUCUUAUGAUCACCUCGUAUAUACCUCCUCACAUACCUUUUAUACACCCAGUCACAUAUAGCCAGUCACACAACCUGUCACACAUGGUCACAUACAGUCUAUCACCGGGUCACAUUCUUCCCACGUGGAGAAUAAUAUAAAUUUUCCAAUCCAGUCUCAUGUUUACCCAUACCCACCCUGUCUUAUUUUACCCAUGCUCACCUUUCUGCUUACAUCCUCCUAGCUACUUACUUCUGUCAUCCCACCUAGUCACUCAACAACCUAUUUAGACACCAACGUUUUCCUGCAUACAGUAAGAACAAUCUCACAUACACAGAUUAUAAGCAGGUCCUCAAACACACAUUAUACACAGGUUCACACACAUACAUUACAUAUGCUGUCCCAUGCACACAUUUGUAAGGAAUAUGCACCAUUAGGCUGGUUUAAGAUGUUGGGAAGGGGAAGUGUGACUAAGUUCACAAUGGACAGCAAUAAAAUGUAAUGAAGCCAUAAUGAAAUAUAGCGCUAUAAGUCUCUACUAAAAAGGUUGUAAAACAGGUCAAAUGUAUCAUAAUAAGUAAAGCAGCGUAAAGCAAUAAUGAGAUUCGUUCUUCUUCAUUAAAGGAACAAACGUGUUUCUAAUGCUAUAGUUUUUAGCUAUCUUUUUUAGUGUCCCCCCUGCCAUGUGAGGGUUUGAAAGGUGAGAUUUACUUACUGAUCAGUCCUCGCUACACCUGUCUCUGUCCUGCCAUUCUACCUCAAUGUUGAUGAUCUCAGCCAAUCCAAUGUUUCCCCAAUAUGGAAAGAUUGGUAGGCUAGUGUGCAUGUGAAGCAAAAUGUCAUGCUGUGCCAAUCAAAUGGUCUCUCUAAUACUAUUAUACUAUCUGACUAAAUAGUAGCUAUUGGGCCAUUAGAGGCAGAUUAACCCAGCAAAGUAAACAUAUCUACUAUACGGCAGUGUAUUACUUGCAGGGUUAAAAAGGCAGGGAUUGGCACCCAGACCACUUUACUGCGAUAGAGCCUCUUUAAAGACUUGGGAUGUGUAGGGCAGAACGGAGCCAUGAGAAUUUAAAAGAGCGCAAGAUGAAGAAAAACAUAUUGCUGAUCCUUUUGUGGGCUUAACAAAAUAUCUCCUAAUAGGGGAUGUUAUAAGCUGUCCGCAAUGAGGCUAGAAAAGUCAAAAUACAAGCUAAGGUCCGGAUACAAGAAAUACCCAUAGUAAUAGAACUGGCUACAUCUGAGGAAUCUAAUUGUCUAAAUCUGUUUCUGUCAAUGCCCACAGGCAAAUAUGAAAAAAGGGUUAGCCUUUUUUCUUACCUAUGGCCAAUAAUAUAAUUGAUACAAUAUGUUUUAUAAUGUGAUUCUUUGAUUAGCAGAUAUAAAAAUAUAGAUUGAACAGAAAAGCAAAUCAUAAGUCAAAAAAAAAAGUAAUCCUGUUUUUGUGUGUACUAGUACUUUCAGCUAAUUCUACCUCAUCUAUCCCAGGCCCCCCUAAGGUUGCUAUAAGCAGUUCUUACUAUGGAGAUGGUACUAUAGCACUGAAUUGCACAGCUUGGGGAAAUCCACUGCCUUCCAUUGCCUGGAUGUGUGCAAACCAGAGGUAAGAUAAUAAAUAUGUUACGAAUUUUGCCAAAAACUAAAAUUUAUAUAAAACAUUUAAUAUGGAUUAACCCACCAGGAAAUGUUUAUGUGCUAUAUAAACAUUUGAGGCACUUUCAAUCAUCAAUUUAUCUAUCAUUCAAUCAAUCUAACAUUCAAAGGAUGACAUAUUAUCUAUCUGAAAGAAUCGUAAAUCUCACAGUUACCCUUGACACCGUAUAAUGUUGCAAACAUGUGUAAAAAAAAUGUGUUUGAUACUAGUAAACCAACUAAUGCCAGUAAGCAGGGUAAACAGGACACUCCGCAUUUCUUAGUGUGUUCAUAGAGCAUGCUGAAGAUGGCAGCAUACAUGGCAGUGAUUUUCAGUCACAUUAAAAGAACACCGUAGAGUGUUCAGCGAGGGCAUUCUUGAUCAGAUGUGUGUGGGACUUCAGAAACCAUCAGUUGCCUUUAAUGGAUAAAUUAAAGGUACACACUAAGCACCAUAAGUACUACAGCUCAUCAUAAUAUUUAUGGUGCUGUAAAUGAAUUGCCUCUGAGCUAACUCUCAGCACUCUCAACAUACCAUGGCUAAACUAGAUGCAAUGUGUUCUAUCUGACAAGGUGGUAAUAUUUUUAGUCUAUCGUCUAAACCAUGCUAAGUAAAGGUUAGCAGCACAGCACUUACUCAAUUCAAUGAGAGAGGAAAACCCCUUUGGCAGCUCUAAUGCGGGUAAUGAUGUUGGCUCCACUUACCAACCUGAAGUUAAGAGCCCUAUGUGUGUAAGUAAUUAUUUGGGCUGGAAUUAGUUGUCCUCCUUCCCAUUCAGUAGCUUUUAGCAGUAUGUUUCAGACCUAUAUACUAAGGAAGAUUAUAUGUGCAUAAAGCAACCAGUGUUUGAUUGGAGUCCUCAAGGUAUCAGAAUGCUUGUUUAAUGUUUAAAAGGACUUUAGAAGAAACACUGUCAAACGCAACACAGCAAUAUGACUACAUUUCUCUUUCCUCUCACCUCUUGCAGCUGCACCUUCGAUCCAGAACAGAGGAUAGGCAGCCCUGAAACCAGGAUCCUUGAUACCAGAGUGGAAAGUGUGUUAUUCAUUCAUGAAUCUCAGCUGAAUAGCAGUAUUGGCUGCAAUGCCUCCAACAGUGAGGGGACGGAUUCACAAACAACUGUAUUAACAGCUAGGGUUACGACUAGUGAGUAUAUACAGCAUCUAUCUUUAAUUCAUUGUAUUGGCUUUUAUAUUACACCAACGCGUUUCACAGUUUUUAUCAUUAUACGGCGUAGAUGUGACAGCUAAUAUGAGACUAAUUAUCACAAAUGUUAACAGAAAAAUAAGAGAUUAUUGAAGACCUGGUCGGAAUAGGUUUACAAAAUAGAUUUUAUAGUCUGAGUGUCUCUGAGUAGUUUGGAAGGAGCAUUCAAUCAAGAGUCAAGAUAGUAAAUCAUAAAGUAAAGAAAUACAGAGGAAAGUGAGAAGCUGGAAGAGCUCAAAGGUAAUUUUUUAAAACUGUUUGUAAAGGCCUACAAAUACCCAGUUCAAGUGCCAGUUUUGCGGAUGUCUCUGUUUUGUGGUGGUAAAUUCACAGUUAACAGAACCUAGCAAAUGUAUAUCUUUUUUAAAGUAUUAUUUAAUGCAAUGUAUUAUUGCUUUAUGCAACUUUCCUUUUUCUUCUUCAUUGUAGCUAUGCACUUGGUGGAAAAUAGCCUUUUCAAUCCAUUGUUGACGGCAAUCACGAUAUUCGGAGUGUUCCUAUUCAUUCUCACAGUGUUCCUGUAUUAUAAAUAUCAACAGGUGAGCAUCCAUGAUAAUAUAUUUAUAUCUACUGGCCACCUUUGAAACGGUUUAUACUUUAUCACUGCCUUCGUGUUAUGUGACAUUUGCAACUAAAUGAGUUGAUAGAAAAGUAAAUAGACAUAGGUUUCAAAUUAGCUUCUAUAACAAAAAUAAGUGCACAUAAUAACUUUAUCUAACAGUGUAAAACUGCUGCUGGGUCAAAGAUCUGAUAGUAAUUUAUAAAAUGGUAUUUUAGGCCAAAAUAUUCAAGAUGGAAAAAGAGUGGAGUUGGAGAUUGUUUCCCAGUUUGGCAAUUUUGACAGAAAAUUUGCACUUUGCCUUUCACUAACCGCUGUCAUAGAAAUAUAGUCCAGACUCAUAUUGAUUGAGCUGCAAAAUGAAAAGUUCUUUCAACAAAGUCAAGGUGGUAUAGAGUUACUAAAGUGAAAUAAUCAGCAUGUUACAUGCUGGCAGAAGGUCUUCAAUGGAAUGAUUAUGACAAACAAUCUCAUGAGUCCUUAAGAGACUAUGAAGUUAGCUAACAUGGAAGUUAUUAAUACAAUGAAUUAUGUCACAUAUUUAGAACAUAAUAUAUAGAGACAUUAAAGUAUGUUUAGGAAUGCUAUCUUCAUAAAGGCUGUUCAAUUAUAUCGACUGCUCUUCUUAUCCAGAUGAGAUGUCUUUCAAUUAAGAAGGGCAAGCAGAUGUAAUCAAUUCUUACAGGAGGCCACACUUAAUAUUAGCGAGGUCCAUGUUUUAGCUGUUAGAUCCAAUGCUUUAGUUUAUGUGGAUGGAGUAAAUCUUUUAGGGUCAAUGCUGUCCAGGAAUCCAGAGUUAAAGGAACACUAUUGCUUAAGUAGUAGAAACAUAUAUGUUCUGGUCCAUAUUUAGCUUCAGCCCCCCCAACUGCAGUAGAAAAUAUGGGAAAAUAUUUUACUCACUUUUUUCCCAUCAUUGACACUCACUCUAUGCUGCUACCUGCUCCUCCACCUCCACAAGGUCACCAGGCAUGCAUUGCUUCAUUACCUUUCAUGCAAUACAAUGGAUAGCACAAGGAAUGAGAAGCACAUAGCGGUGGCUCUACACUUGUCUACUCAAAUGCUUCUCAUGAGCAGCAUUUGAUGACAUCACAGUAAUUUCAGCAAAGGCAGCUCUGGUGACUGUCAGGAAGACAACCACUUGAUGUGUGGUUAAUCCUGCAAUGAAAGCAAUGCAAUUUUUACAAAACGGCAAUGUUUUCGUUGCAGCGCUCAAAUAACAGAGGCAUUACACCCAGAUAACUUUAUUUACAUGAAGUGUUCUUAAUGCCUUUAGUGUUACUUAAAUGGUAGUGGGGUCCAUAUUUAGCAACUUGGGGUUUGCAGUACCUGGGUUAACUGGUAGGAUCUGUUCUUCAUGGAAGUGGGGGUCCAAGGUUAGAGUUUGUGUAAUCAUGGUUUAGCUGUAAGGGUCAUGACUUUCUGGCAUUGGAGAUGUUAAGGAGAUCCAUGCUUACUGUUUGUAUGAUUGCACUUUUUGCUUCUAGGACCAGCAUUCCUGAAUCCAGGAUUAUGUGGUUCAUGGUAUGGCUUGGUAUGGCUUGGCAGGUCACCUUGUUAACUAUUAGGGUUAAUGUCUCCAGGGGUCAAAGGUAGGGUUAGGUUUUGUUUUGACCAUGAUAGAUGCAAACUUUUCAAUGAGUGUUUCCAUCAGACGAUACCUUUGUAUUAAUUAGCUAGUAAACAGAUACCACGAUAUGUUGAUGUUUUGUUUUUUUUGGCAUGAUAUAAAGAGAAGGGAAUAUUUUUAUAAAAAAGAAAGAUUUUAAUUUGAACAAAUAUUUACCUGUCAUAUAUUAAACAUUUGUGCUCUAAAUUUCAGCUAUUUACAUACAAAAAUAGCCCAUCCCUUAAUAUCAUGGAAGUAUAACUUUUGAGUCAUAAAAUCUGUAUAAAAUACCCAUAUUUACUGUGUGGAAUUUCACUGUAAUUGCAACACAAUCAUAAAAUAUCAUAAGACAAAGUAGGUUAACAAAAUGUGGUAAAAAAAAGCAGAGGCUCGAACAUCAAGUUCUGUUGAUUCUCAGAGCUACGGCUAGCGACAGCUGUGGCAAAUGGCAUGUUCUCAUCCAUAGACCUAAUUUUUGACUCUCUGCUCAAAGGAAAAAUAUCCAAUAAGCCAGAACUGUGUUUUCCCUACAAACCCUAAAAAACAAAUGCAUUUAAACAGACUUGGAAUUGAAUAAAAAUAGCUGAUCUUGAAAUUUAUUUAUUUAGCUAUUUUUCCAAUUUGUCUGUUUCACAAUUUGGUUGCCAAUUCAACACAAUCCCCUUUUCUAUUCAAAUAUUUUUAUUGAAGAUUUUUUAAUUAACAAUUCAUAAAUGUAUACAAUAUGAUACAAUAAUGAAAAGAAUAAUUAUAAUAUUAAUUAAUACAGAAAAUAAAAUAUAAUAAAACAUAGGAUAAACUCUAUAAUUACAAACAUCCAGUGGAAUAUUAUUAAUAAUUUAUCUGUUUAUGUACACAAUGUUAUUAUACACAAUUAAAUAUAUACAACAUUUCAGGUAUUGUAUCGGAGGAUUGGAGGAAGGCAGAUGUGGUUCCUAUAUUUAAAAAGGGUUCAAAAUCCUUGCCUGGAAAUUACAGACCUGUGAGCUUAACUUCUGUAACUGGGAAACUAUUUGAAGAACUAUUUGAAGGGCUAUUAAGGGAUAAUAUUCAGGAAUUCAUUGGGAAGAACUUUGUUGUUGGCAAUAAUCAGCAUGGUUUUAUGAAACAUAGGUCAGGUCAAACUAACCUAAUUGCAUUCUAGGAAGAAGUAAGUAGAAGUAUAGAUCAGGGUGUUGCACUUGGAUUUUGCCAAGGCAUUUGAUACGGUUCCUCACAAUAGGCUAGUCUUCAAACUAAAAGAAAUGGGUCUAGAUGAAUAUUCUUGUUCUUGGGUAGAACAUUGGCUUAAGGAUAGAGUACAACGUGUUGUCAAUGGUACAUUUUCAGGCUGGACAAAAGUGGUAAGUGGUGUCCCUCAGGGUUCUGUUUUGGGACCACUUCUAUUUAACAUAUUUAUAAAUGCUCUUGAAAUAGGCAUUGAAAGCCAUGUAUCAGUGUUUGCAGAUGACACAAAACUUUGUAAAGUAAUAAAGUGUGAGCAGGAUAUUGCUUUGCUGCAGAGGGAUUUUGAUAGAUUGGGGGACUGGGCAAACACUAAAACACUAAAUUAGGCAGCAAUAUGCAAUGUCAAUCUGCGGUUGCUAAGGCCAGUAAGGUUUUGUCAUGUAUAAAAAGUGACAUAAAUUCUCGGGAUGAAAAUAUAAUUUUGCCUUUUUAUAAAUCGCUAAUAAGACCACACCUUGAAUAUGCAGUGCAAUUUGGGGUGUCUGUUCUAAAGAAAGAUAUCAUGGCACUAGAAAAAGUCCAGAUACGAGCUACAAAAUUGAUAAAAGGAAUGGAGCAUUUUAGUUGUGAAGAAAGGUUAAAAAAAUGAAAUCUGUUUAGUUUGGAAAAACGGCGCCUGAGAGGGGAUAUGAUAACAUUAUACAAGUAUAUUCGGGGGCCGGUACAAACAUUUAUCUGGAAAUCUAUUCAUGAACAGGGCUAUACAUAGGACAUGAGGUCACACAUUUAGGCUGGAAGAAAGGAGAUUUCAUCUAAGGCAAAGAAAAGAUUUUUUUACAGUAAGAGCAAUAAGGAAAUGGAAUUCUCUGCCUGAGCCUGAAGAGGUGGUUUUGUCAGAGUCAUUACAGAUGUUUAAACUGCAAUUGGAUAAAUACUUGCAAAAACAUAACAUACAGGGAUAUAAUUUCUAAUAAUUAGUGGGAUAAUAACUGCUUGAUCCAAGGAGACAUCUGACUGCUAUUUUGGGGUCAAGAAGGAAUUUUUUUCCUAGUUUGUGGCAAAAUUGGAAGCGCUUCAGACUAGGUUUUUAGCCUUCUUUUGGAUCAACAGCAAAAACACACGUGAGAAAGGCUGAACUUGAUGGACGAAAGUCUCUUUUCAGCUGUGUAACUAUGUAACAUAUUAACAAUCAUCAUCUGGCCAGACAUAGACAACGAAAUAAGAUUAUAAUUGAUUCUAUUGUUUUCUUCCCCCAAAAGCCACACUUGUCUCAUAAUGUAAUUUCUAGCUGUUGAUAAGCAGUAUUUGUGUAUAAGGGGAGGGUGGGGGGACAGUGUGUGUGUGUGUGAGGGGGCAGUGUAUGUGUAUGGGGAAACAGUGUGUGUGUGUGAUGGGUGCAGUUUGUGUGUAUGAGGGGCAGUGUUUGUGUGAUGAGUACAGUGUUUGUGUGAUGAGUGCAGUGUGUGUAUGGGGGGCAGUGUGUGUGUGAUAGGUGCAGUUUGUGUGUAUGAGGGGCAGUGCUUGUGUGAGGGGUGCAGUGUGUGUGUAUGGGGGUGCAAUGUGUGUGCAGGCAGUUGUGUAAGGGGUGCAGUAUGUGUGUGGGGGGCAGUGUGUGUGAGGGGGCAGUGUAUGUCAGGGGUGCAACAUGUGUGUAUGGGGGGGCUGUAUAUAUGUGUGUGGGGCAAUGUGUGUAGGGGGCAGUGUGUGAAUGUGUAGGGUGUUAUUAUGUGUGUGGUGGGGGUGGCAGAUCAAAGAAAAUGUUUUUAUAAUUUAAAAAAUAUAUAUAUAUUUUGUAUAUCCCCCCUCCCUUCUCACCUGAGGCCUGGAAGGGGGAAACAUUGCUUUCCAUACCUGGUGUCCAAGUGCUGAGAGUGAACUCUAGCCUGCAGCUCCUGGGCUCACUCUCACUCUCAUGAGAGCAGAGCGUUCCCAUGGAAACUGCGGCAAUGCUCCGUGCUUGUGAGAGGAAACCCUACGGAAGUGCAGGUAAGAGCUCCUCCAGGUUCCCUCUCCCUCCCAUGCCGGCUGCCAGCAGAGUGCCUGCGGGCCAGGGAGGGAGAUCGCUGCUCUCCCCUCCGGUCCGUGAAGGCAAACAGCAGGGCCGGCGCUUGAAUAGCGCCAGCCCUGCAGGGGCCGGCAGGGAAGACCUUCAGCCAGUUCUGUUUUCUGAGGGGGGGGGGGGGCAAUUGCCCCCCUCCCCCGGAUCCACCACUGCUUCCGAGCUGGACCUGAAUAGUAAAUUUUUUCUAAUUUUGAUAAUUCCAAUUUUCUCUGGUUCGGAUCUAGUCCGGAAAGGCCACAUUUAAUAAUAAUCAGAUUAAUAAUUUUGUUAUAUAUUAUUUCAUUGGAAAUGUUUCAAAUCAAAUUUAUUUUUCAUUUGAUCAAAUUUGCUAUCUUUGUUUAAUGUAAAAAAAAAUAUCAAUGUGUGUAAUGGAAUGAGAUCUAAAUCUAAGUCUGGAAUGUCAUAAAUUAAAACAGAUAAUGGAGUUGCCCUAGACCAAAUUGCAAAGGAUUUAAUUUGUUUAUAUAACAUGUCCCAUGAUUUUAUAAUAGUUUUGGUGGAUGGGAACAUAUUUAUGUAACGUGGUCGAGAUGGAGGAAGCCACACCAAUUCUUGUGGUAAAAUUUUUCUUGCCUCCAUCUGGAGCCAUUGGGGCUGUAAAGUAGCUAAAUUAAAUUUGAACGCAACAGCUGUGUUGGUGGCGUGAUAAUAACGAGCAAAGUCUGGCAAACCCACACCCCCACAUGCCCUAGGUUUUUGCGAAUAACUUGAUACUUGCCGGAUUCCUACUCCAAAUAAAUGUCAAAAGGGUAGAGUGAACUUUUCUAAAAAGCUAGGAAUAGUCAGGGCUAUCUUUAAUGCGGGGCAAACGGGGCAGCUGCCCUGGGCCCAGUUACUCCUGGGGGGCCCAUGGCAGCUGGCUUCUGGACCCCGCUGCCCUCAUUAUUUGGGCCCUGCACUCUAAGGAGGCCCGUCAAGUGGCCCAUGCACUUAGGGCCACCUGGUGGGCUUCUAUCAGCAGGGUCGGGUGCUCUGGCCCUUUAACAGCACAACCGGGCCCUUGCUUUUCGGAAACAUGGGAGGAAGUGACUGCCGCGAGUCACUUCCUCCCAUAUAGAAUGCAUGCUGCGUGGGAGGGAGCAGGAAGAGCAAAGCAGGAGUGAGGCGAUGGGGGCUCCUCACUCCCAUCAGCCUCAGACACCACACUGAAACCCAGGGAAGCCACCCUCCAGCAAAAGGUAGGAAACUGGUGGGUUUAAAAAUGUUUUUACAUGUGUGUCAGUAUGUCUGUGUGUGUGUGUUUCAGUAUGCCUCUGUGUGUGUCAGUAUGUGUGUGUCAGUAUGUCUGUGUAUGUAUGUUUCAGUAUGUGUGUGUCAGUAUGUCUGAGUGUGUCAGUGUAUUUACCUGUGUUUGUGUCAGUCAGUUUAUAUUUAUGUGUAUCUGUAUGUCUCUGUGUAUCUGUAAGUAGUCAGUGUGUGUAUCUGUGUAUUUGCAUGUGUAUCAGUGUGUCUGAGCACCAAAAUUAUAUAUAAACACACAUUCAAAAAACAACACUACACAUCAAUGCCUGCUUGCAGCCAAACUCCAACACCACAUACAAACACAUUUAGACAGACAUACUUCAUACAAAAACAUGCUUACAUUCAAACAGUGCAAAAUACAACCCAAGCAUGGGAAAUUGGUAGGACCCCACCUGUCAAUGCAUUGUUGGAGUUUCACGACAGAUACAGUUCUACUAGUUGUCCAACCUUUCAAUUAGGGGGGGCCAAAUAAAAUUCUUGCACCAGGGAUCUUUAUAUUUUAGUUCCACCACUGCGUUGGGGUGGAGGGCGUGAUUGUAUGUGGGGAUGGGGGCUAUGUUUAUAAAAAAAAGGGUUAACCCUAGCUGGACCAGGCACCCAGACCACUUCAUUAAGCUGAAGUGGUCUGGGUGCCUAUAGUGGUCCUUUAAUCCUAUCUAACCAUGACAUUUCUACAUUGCACCAUCUUUCCAUGUCGUCCCUAAGCGCAGCACAAUCCCCUUUUACACCUAAAAGUUGUGUUUUAAAAAUGUAUUAAAAAAACAAAUAAAGCACAGAUAAACAACAAAAAUAGAAUAGAAAAGUGUUUGCAUGUCACAGUUACAAAACUAUCAGAAAGAGGAUGCAAGUUCAGAAAACCUGCAGGAAAUGGUUUCUGGCUCUUGAGAAAUCUCUGCAUCAUAUAGAGGAAUUCAAAGCUAUGGAUACAAAGAAAUCUUAAAAAUGGUUUAGAAAAUGGGAACAGAAAAAGGUGCUACUAUAUAAUAGGCAAUGAAUCUUUUUAUACACAUGAAAAGUUCUACAUAUAGGGACAGCAUUCUUAAAGGGACAUGCAAAGCAUCAAAACCACUAUGGUACAUAGUGGUUAUAUGGUGACCACAGACGUAUAGUUAUAACCAUAAAGUUAUAGUUAUAAGUCUUCGGUCACUAUCCCCUGGAUUUACGCAAAAUUAUUUUUACAAAUGUUUACGAAAAACAUCGCUUUUUAAAUAUGCUAAAGCAGAAGUGAAUGACCACAUUAGCCCAUCCAACCUUGGCAACAAUGACUGAGUGUGGUGGACGUGAGUCCUGUAUUCUUAACCAAACACUGCCACCAGGACCAGAUUGGAAAAUGAACUUGUCCCAGGCACCUUUUUCCUGGCCCAGCCAACCUAGUCCAGCUGAGCUAAUCCCCCCUUUUACUUUUCCUGGUGUUGACUGGGGGCCACAAUUUCUUCCUCUGAUCCUUCUGCCACAUUUUUCUCCUCCACCCAGGGUCAGAUUUACAGCUCAAUUUCAGAAGGGGCAAAGCCAGAUUAUGUUAUGGCUUUAUAGAUAGAAAUAAAAUGCUGUUUAGGCUCUGUUAAAAAAAAAAAAAUGCUGUUUAUGCCACCUUGAGAUGGAGGGAGAAAGACAGAUGCACAAAGAGAGAAGGAGAGGCAUUGGAGGCUGAAAGGGAGGAAGAGAGAUACAUUGAGAUAGGAGAGAGGAGAGUAGGAGAUAGAGACAAAGGGAGACAAAGACAGUCAGGUAAAGAGAGAGACAGAGAGAAAGCCAGACAGAACAAUAAAGAUAAGUAAAAUAGAGGGGUGGUGAGUCACAGACAUAAUACAAUAUUUAAAAUAUAUAUAUAUAUGUUUAUAAAAAAGUUGUGGGCUGCUACAGACGGUUAGUGACUGGUAAUAAAGAAAAAUAAAUAAAAGAAGUAUGUGUGCACCAAAGAAUAAAAAUAAAUAACUAUAUCUCACUGGUAGAUAGUCAAAAUAUAUUAAUGAGUUUAAUAAAUGUCAUAUAAAUCAACAAAAGUGAAUCAACUCUAAGGAUACUAUAAACACACUGUAUAGGUACAGGAAAUGCCCAGAAUAGCAACAAAGUAUGCAAUGCCGUAAAAACCACUGCAAUCAAGCUGCUAUCCAAGGGCAACUGUAAACAAGUACUCAGAAUUAAAAUGAUUUCAAUAAGACAUAAAAAGAUAUACCCAAAAACUCCAAAAAUGGGGUCACUCCCAUAAACAGUGAAAAAGGGGUAAUAAAUGACAGACCUAGAAAGGCAUAAUAAAAUGAAAUAUAAAAACAGAAUACAAGAUAUAUAAAUCUCCACACAGCACAAUAUCAACCUAUAAAGAAGAAUAGCAGCCACAAAACAAACAAAAAAGUAGUUAUCCGUUGUGGGCCCCCUCCACGGAUGAAAAGUGAUGCUAUCGUUAAGUAGAUAUAGGUGUCAGAGGGAUCCCGAUGGUAAAGUUGCCAGCGAGCAUUACUUUGUAGCCUGCUGUCACACUCACAGUUUAACUGAGAGCCGCACUGUUGAAUCCGACAAUCAGCCGAAGCAACUCUUCUGACAGCUGCAGGGACUGGAACAAGGAAGCACAACAAGCUGUGAUCUUGUGGAUCUUGUGGUACGCUGCGGCCGGGAACUUCACAAGAGGCCGCGGCUGCCUUAAAGGAGAAGCGUCAAUAUUCUGUAUCUAGUGAGAAUCAGGACCAUGAAAGUCUACGCGUUUCAUCUCUCUAGGAGACUUUUUUAUAUAUACCCGUAUAGAUAUAUACGGGUCAGUUGUCAAUAUUAGGAGUAUGUGCCACAUCUAAUUUAUUCCCUGAGAAUAUAAGGAUAUGUAUUAAACAAUAUAUACACAGAAAAGUUCUAAUGAUGGUAAAAUAUCCUAAAAAGGAAAAUUGUUUGUCUAAGUAUUUGUACCAGAUAUUCUUAAGCUGUACAUGUAAAAGAAAAUAUAGAGGAAAUAUUAGGUCAAACCACACAAAGUGGUGAUGGUUACGGAUAAUCAGCUAUAUUUUUAAUGCUAAAAAAGGAGCCAUAAAAAACAAGUAAAACUAAAGGGUAUUUAGCUUAAAAAACAUACUUUUUCAAAACACCCCAAAAGUACCCUAAAAAUACAUAAAACCUCACACAUCCCCUGAUAGCCCUGAUCCGCAUGACCAACAUAUCCAAAAAUCACCCAGAUCAGUUCAGGGGUUCAGUAUUUCCUGGAAGUCAUUUAUUUGACAGACCGCAGGCAUGGUCCCAUGCCCAAAACAGUUCCAGAGAAUCAGGGCUUGCGGUCGGUCUAGUUCUGUAGUUUGAAAAUGAACAAACUACCGAACAGAGUCAAUAGGCUAAAAAGCUAUGCUAAAAGCUAAAAGCUAUGCCCAGAAAGGCAAUUAUAGCUUUAUUUGGUUUGGUUUGUAUAUAUAUAUUUUUUUUUAAAGUGUGCCAUAAACAGUUUAACAAGUGCAUCUUGUCUGUAAGAAAAAUAAAUAUAUAUAAAUAAAUACAAACAAACACCUGUAAUGAGAGUAAGAGAGUAGGUGAGUAAACAUGGGGAAAGGCAUAAGCAUCUACAGUAAUAAGCAAAGUCCCAGGUAGGUCACACCAAUAUUCUUGACCUAAAUAGAAGAUUUUGUCUAAGGCAAAGAAAAUGUUAUUUUACUGUAAGAACAAUAAGGAUUUGGAAUUCUAUGCCUGAAGAAGUGGUUUUAUCAGAGUCCAUACAGAUGUUCAAACAGCAACUAGAUGCAUACUUGCAAAAACAGAAUAUUCAAUUAUAUAAUUUUUCAACUGUAGGGUAAUAGCUUCUUGAUCCAAGGAUUAAUCUGACUGCCAUUCUGGUGUCACGAAGGAAUUUUUUUUCUAGUUUGUAGCAAAAUUGGAAGCACUUCAAACUGUUUUUUUUUUUUGCCUUCUUUUGGAUCAACAGCAAAAAACAUACGUGAAGAAGUCUCAAAUUUAUGGACGCAAAUCUCUUUUCAGCUAUAUAACUAUGUAAAUACAAACGUUUCCAUCAACAAAUGCCAUCUGUGGGUUUCAAUAUUGCCCCUAACUUCUGGUCAUAACAAAUCAAGUGCUAACAGAAGUCCUCCCCAAAACCUGAUCUUUCAUCCACUGUGUCAGAUAUCCUGCUUAAAUUCUACGGUCAUGAAAGUGGCUUGCCUUUCAUGUUUGACUGUUUGAACUUUAAAAUGACCAAAAACUUGUACCAUAUAAAUCACAUAACCACUGUUCAUAUUUAUAUGUCUUAUUUCAGAAACCAAAAUAUGAAGUUCGCUGGCAGAUUGUGAGAGUCUCUGAAGGAAAUAAUUAUACGUGCAUUGACCCAACGCAGCUACCGUACAAUGAAAGAUGGGAAUUCCCAAGGAACAACCUACAUUUUGGUAAGAGACGGUUAAAACUCAUUGCCUUUGUAGUUUAGCACAGUGGCGGCUCUAGACUUUGUGAGGCCUUAGGCGAAACACAAAAACGAGGCCCCCACUAACACCCAAAGUGGAAAUAAAUAGGGGUUUUAUUGUGUGUAUAAGGUGCUGUAGUUAUUUUGAAAAACAUAUUUGCAGCGCUGGAUAAAGAAAGCUAGUCUCUGUAUUCAUUGUCCAGAGGCUUGCAGUAUUGCAGCUUCAUGUGCCACUGCGUUGUGAGCUCUCUGACUGAAGUUAUGGCAUAAUUAGCAAACUAAAUUAAUUUGCAAUAAACAAAUUUAAUAAGCAAAUAUGCUAACUGUUUAUACGAUUGCAGGGUAUGGUUACAUAGCCUUGCAGUCGGGUAUACAUAAGUGCAGGUGUGUGUAUUUCGGAGUGUGUCUGGCAUUGUCUACCUGUUUGUGUGCAUGAAAGUGUGUGUCUGACAGAGUAUCCUUGUGUGUGAAUGUAUGUCUUUGUGAGCAUGUGUCUGGGACAGCUAUUUGCGGUGUGUUGUGUUUAUGGGGGCUGCCUGUGGCUUUUGUGCAUUGUGUUAUGGCAAGGCUACGACUAAGUGUGUGUGUGUGAAUGAAAGUCUUCAGUUGGUGAGUGUGACAGGGUGAAUUUGACAUGGUAAGGGGGGUAAAUGAAAGAGUUGGGAAGGCGUGUGUGACAGAAUGAAGGAGGGUGAGAAUGAUAGGACAGUUGUGACAUAGCUGGAGGAGGGAGUGUUACAAGGUUGGAGGAGGUUAAUGUGAAAGGGUGCGUGUGAGGGGAGUGACAGGGAGUGUGGGGGAGGGGCUGUGGGGUGACAUGGUGGGUGGCUGUGAUGGUAUGUGGGAAGGACUUUGACAGGAUGGAGUGGCUUUGACAAGUUGCGUGGGGGGGCUGUAACAGGGUUAGUGGGGUGACAGAGUGAGGGUGGCUGUGAGGAUGUGUGUGAGGACAGAGUGGGGGUGGCUGUGAGGGUGUAUGUGAGGACAGAGUGGGGGUGGCUGUGAGGGUGUGUGUGAGGACAGGGUGUGUGUGAGGACAGGGUGUAUGUGGGUUGUGGGGUGAAAGUGUGUGUGGGGCUGUGACAGGGUGCUAAUGGAGUGACAGAGUUGGGGUGGCUGUGAGGGUGUGUGUGUGGAGGGCAGUGACAAGGUGUAUGUGGGGUGUGGGGUGACACGGUGUAGUGGGGGCUGUGACAGGGUGUGGCAGGAUAAGGGGGGUGAGAGCCAGUAGGGGGGCUGAGAGAGGGUAGUGGGGGGCUGAGAGAGGGAAGUGGGGGCUGAGAGAGGGUGACAGGUUGUGGGGGGCUCAUAAAUACCUUUUUUUCCUUCAACUAUUCCCUGGUGGUCCAGGGUCUCGGUCCUUGGUGGUCCGGCAGGCAGGUUCUUUGGUCUGCAGCUCUGCCAGGUGCAGAGCUGCAGACCACAUGGUAAGUCUCAUGGUCUCCAAAAAUAUGAAAGCUUUGCCGUGGUAGCACGCGGCAAUGCUCUGAUACACUGGAGAUCGCAAAACAGUUCAGUCUGCAACUCUGUGCCCGGCGGAGCUGCAGACAGACUGUAGUGCUGGGCAGCUCUCGAUCAGCGCAGACUGACUGGAGGGGCCUCACACCCGGCGGCAUAAAGGGCAAGCCACUGGGCCCCCUCCUGUCAGAAACCGAAGACCCGACAUGUCACUCUGCUCUAAGGCGAUUUCCGCGGUCGCGAGGCCCCAAUCAGCGUGAGGUCUUAGGCGGCUGCCUAAAUCGCCUAAUUAGAGAGCUGCCUCUGGUUUACCACAGUAUUUCUAAUGAUAUUGUGAUAAAGAAAAAAUAAUCAAACCGUACCAUGAUAAUUCUUGCAGUAACUGAUUAAACAAAAUGUAAACUCAACUCAAAUAUAAACCUAAGCUUUCAAUCAUUCCACUUCCACUCAAUAACCAAUUUAAACAUAUCGAUUUUUCUUUUUAUUUACUAGUAACUGGCACACAAAAUCAUGCCAACAUUUUGGUUCUUUUUUUUACAUUUAUUUUUAUGAAUAUUUGUGGAAUAUUAACUCUGUGCAUUUUAUUUAUAUAUGACAUUGGUAUUUAUCAAACUAAUAAUUAACAUAUCAAAAGUUAGAGUAUUUCAUGUACUGUGUUAUACAAUGUGGUUGAAAAAAUAUUGUUGACAAAGUGAACUGAGUCAACCCAGAGCUAUGUCUUAAACCUUAAGUGAGCAUAAGGUAGAGCCCCCAAGACCCGAAACUCACCUAAGUUUGAAGUGUGUCCAAGUUGACUUAAAUUGUCAAUUCCGGGCUUUGUGCAUAACCUUACAUGGUGAGGUAAUUUUUAGUCUUGAGUGUCACUUUUAUUUGUUAUUUCUAAAGGUUGAUUUAUGCUUUUGUCUAUGCAGGAAAAACACUGGGAGCAGGUGCAUUUGGAAAGGUCAUGGAAGCCACGGCAUUUGGAAUGGGAAAAGAUGAUUCAGCCCUCAGAGUGGCUGUAAAGAUGCUGAAACGUAAGUAACCCCCAUGGCCAGGUGAUAUAUCUUUAGAAUACAAGGCCAUGGUGUAGGGAUAUUUUUCCCUUAAAGAUGAUGGGUCCCAAACAGAUACAAACAUUGACCCAUACACUAACAUACUAAAACACAGACACUAACCCAUGCACACACGUACGCUGACACACAGACACUGACUCACAGACACUGACUCAUUCAUACACUCACAGACAUACAUUCACUAAUCCAUUGGUAGGGACCAGGAACCAGACACAGACAGAACGUAGAUGCAAAAUACCUUCAUUAAAAAAUAGCAAAAAAUGAAAAAAAACAAAAGCAAAGUCCAGGAGGCAAGCAGGGGUCAGGCACCAAAGCGAACCGGUCAGACGAACCGGUAUCAGGAGAACGGAGAGCAGUGGAGUAAGGAACCAGGGCAUAAGUCCGGAACCAGGAAUACACAGGAAAUAGGAAGUCUUCUGGGAAACAGGAAACCACACAAGGGCAAGGAGGUACGGGACUAGCUGCUUAAAUAGGACUGGCUACUAACAACCAGGUGAGUAACCAUGGCAACAUUAAUGAAGGAGCUGAUCGUUAAAAGUAGCUGAAGAGCUCAGACACAGAGUAAGGAAGGGUUGCUGUUUAAAACCGCAGUGAAACCCUGACACCCAUAUGCAUUGACAUUCAAAUACUGACACACAAUAAUUUAUGUAUUGUUGAAUUACACAAAUUACACACUUAUCAACAAAAUAUAUUUAGAUUUAUCUUUUGUUUUGUAAUUUCCUAUUUUCAUAGAACAAUUUAUUUUAUUAUAAAUGAAGCUGUGGAACAAUGGACAAACUAUUGAUUGAGUGUUCCACACUACCAAUUGUUCUGUUAAUCCUCCUCAUUGUUUAGAGAGGAAGCAGACGAGUUGUACUCUGAGUACUUACAAACCAUGCUCACUCUCAACAUGCCUUACAAAACUGUUAUAAGUGCCAUAAUAUAAUGUCAGCUCUAGAGGAGAACAGAGAGUUGAAUAACCAGAGAAAAUCUGUACAAUUAUCACUCAAGAUGAGAAGGGCUCUAUGUGGGAGCUAACCUAUAACUCUCUGGUAAUCAGUAAAUCAAUUAUUAUGCCAGAACUGUUUGUGGAAGCAAUAACUCAUUGCACUUUUCACAUCCUACUGUGGUUAUUUUGGGGGUAAUUUAGGAAACAAUUGCUCUUCACCAUAUAGAAUAUUUGAGAAUCAGGUGGUUUUGAUAAAUUUGCAAAUAGAAUAUUGUCAAUUUAGUCACAUUAAAAGGAUUGACGAAUGGUCUUAUAUUUCUUUUUUACACCAUUUUUAGCCAGUGCACACAGAGAUGAGGUCGAGGCUUUGAUGUCCGAACUGAAAAUUCUGAGUCACUUGGGAAACCAUCAAAAUAUUGUCAACUUAUUGGGAGCAUGCACUCAUGGAGGUAAGAGUAUGGAAUGUUAGAUAUGUUUGCUAAUAGUAUUACUAAUUAAAGACUAGGAUGCUGGCAGAGAACUCUGGGAAUUGCAGUUCCAUAGCAACUGUGUAAUCCUUGGCCAUAUCAGCUGUAUUACAGAAGUACUCCAGGCACCCAUAUAGCCUACACGUAAUGUAUACAAUUAGGGUUUCUUUUUUCUUAUAUUUAUGGUAACUUUUUUUUUUAAGCAGUUUCACUCCAUGAGCCCCAAAAAUCUGUCCCUCCCUUCAUCCCAACCUGAAGGGUUUCACUUUUUUGGCUCCAGUAAUGCUACUGUACAUGGUGUCAUCACAAAGGUUCCUGUAGAUUACAGCUCAGCUAUAAAUGACAAAUAUUAGCUCCAGAAAACCAGAAAACAAGACUCUGAUAUGAAUACCAUUUGUAAUAUACUGAUGAAGACUAUGAAAGGACUAAACAUGUCUAUCAAGCAGGGCAGACUAAUGAUUGAAGAGAUCGGUCUUAUAAGCAGCAGAAAGUGAUAGCACAAGUGAGCCAAAACACAUUUGUUGUCUAUUCGCAUUUAAGCGACUAUUACAUACUGAGAUGCUAUUCGAGGUCUAAUUAAGAACACAGAACUUGCUAAAACUCAUUAAAACUGUAUACCACAAUUUCUCACAUUUGCCUUCAGAAAUAACUGUCCUCUUAUAUCACAAUUUAUUUGGAUUUUUAUGUAGCAAGUUCCAAUAAGAUAUAUCUGAACAAUACAAUAUUUAGGAAUAGCAAGUAUUUUAAUAUUAUAAUUUUCUCCACGGCCCUGUGUUCUACAACUGUCCGUCUUCUCUGAGUGCUAAGAAUCCCAGAGCAAGAAAAAGCAGAUUAUUACAAUAGUAACAUUACAGUACAGAAUUGUACUAAUUUGUCAUUGAAAGUGGAACAUAUCACAAAGAAAACCAAGGCAACUGUAUAUUUCACAGUAAGAUCUGUAUCUAUCUAAUAUCACAAAUAAAAACAAAAUAGUUAGUGGUAAUUAAAUAAAUUAUCUUUCUUGUGCAUUUUUGUUGUAUGAUAGGUCCAAUUCUGGUCAUUACGGAGUACUGUCAGCAUGGGGACUUGUUGAACUUCUUGAGACGAAAGGCAGAGUCCAUGAACAGAAUGUUUGCUGCUCUACACACCAACAGUGACUACAAAAAUAUGUCUAUGGAGGAAAAAUACAUGGGAAGGUACUUGUGCCAAUUUAUUGAGCCACAAUGUAGCUGUGUGGCCCCAAGUUUCCUCAUGUUUUGCAUAUCUAAUAAAGCGGUUGUAGUGAAAACUAGGGGAUUUCUGAGUAUAGCCUCUUUCUUCUGUGUUAUGACAAUGAUACAAUACGUUAUUCUAAAUCCCAAUAAACAAUUCAUAUAUAAUACAAUAUAGUGCUUUAUUUCUCCUCAUAGUGACAAAGACAGUUACCUUGAAAUGAAGCCAGCAUCCAACAACAAUGUAGUUCAAGGUAUGUUACUUACUCAGGAAUUAGUGUUUUGAAAGAGAUUCUACCGGACAUUCACCGUCUUGACAUUUCUAGAGUUUGAUCUGCCAGAACUAUGCUGAUGUCAGUCUUAAAACUAAUCAAUUAGGAAAAAAAAUAUAUGGCUAAACUCUUCAAUGCAAGGAGAUAACAUGAUGUAAAAAUUACUGUCUUAAUCUGAACAUCUAUGAGCUGCUAAAAUAAAUGUUAUAUGUCCUAAACUAUUAGCAUACAUAACAUUUCUAACUCCUUUAUCCUGCUGUAGAUGGGACUUAGUAACCAACUCCUGUCCCUUCCUUUCCUCUUGUAAUUUAAUGUAUGGUUAAUAAUGUAAUGCUAAGUCACAAGUCCUCUGGUUCUGUGUGGUUAAGCACACACUCCUCUCUAUAAAUAUGCCAGUAGCCUAAUACUGUGCCACUGAUUAUGAUAGUAGCUCCAGGGGAUGCUGUAACCCUAAAUUCCAAAUCCCUUAAUGCCUAACUCUGCCAAACUCUCCCCCUUAUUGGGAUCCAUAUAGCAUGUUGAUAAACCACUUUAUACUUUUUAUACAAGAUCUUUAGGUCUUCCAUUGUAAAUAUGAUGGAAGUAUGGUGUUACAGAGAUACAGAGAUGUCUAUCUUUCAUAGUGUUCUGUCUCCUUUUUUUCCAUAUGUCUUUACAUACAGUUAUUUUGUUUCUACUGUGGAAAUAAUAAGAACAAAGUAUGUAACCAGGAAAGGUAAAUUCAGAUUACUCCGGUUACCAAGUGCGUACUGGGGAUGUUACUUUUGCCCAGCAUCCCGGGGAUGUUACUAUUACCUAAUUUAAUAGUACUCGUUUUAUCUACCUUGGAAGGAUGAAGGGCUGAGUCAUCCCUGCUGGGAUUUGAACCUGCGACCCCCAAGGGUUGAACAGUUUCUUUAGCCCACUGAGCUAUCUCAACAAAGGGAGAUGAACUGUAAAUGAUUUCUAUUAAUUUUUAGGAAGAUAGGACACCAAACCUCAAAAAAAAUCAAUUUCCUGAAAAUGGAAAUGUAAACUUGUGUAAGAUCUUAACAAUUGGCUUACUUUUACCAAAGGUACCACUGACACUGAAGAAGAUGACACAGAUGAUCACUUACCGUUGGAUCUUCAUGACCUUUUGAAUUUUUCAUUACAAGUAGCACAGGGAAUGGCCUUCUUAGCUGAAAAGAAUGUGAGUUAUCCUUUCAUGUGUGAAUGCUGUUUAGUGCAGAAGAUACACAAUGUUGUCCUUUUGUUGACAUUAUGUUACUCUGUGUCUAGUGUAUUCAUCGAGAUGUUGCAGCCAGGAAUGUGUUGGUUACUGAUGGACGUACUGCUAAGAUUUGUGACUUUGGCCUGGCCAGAGACAUUGAAAAUGAUUCGAACUACGUCGUUAAAGGCAAUGUAAGUAUUCAAUUUUUUUGAAAACAUUUAUUUUGCAUAACAUGAAUAUAAGAUUUUACAACUUCAUCACUUAAUUCAUGUCAUAUUCAGUCUGGUGGUUGAGUCAGCCACUUAGCUGUAUUUAUAAAAUAUAUUAAAUGAGCACUCUAACAUAGAAAUACAAACAUACAUUUCUAAAGUUAGACAUACUCCUUCCUGAUCUAGAUUUAAGGCCCCCUGCAACCAUUAAAUGAAGAUGCUCUACUUACCUGAGCAGGUCUGGCAAUGGCCACAGCUCCUGCCCAGGCAUUACUGAUCUCUGCCAAUCCGAUGCUUCUCCGUAGAAAACUUUGCAGUGUUACUACAUGUAUGGCAAUCACGCUCUGCACCAAUCAGCAUUUCCUGAUAGAGAUGCAUAGUACCAAUGCAUCUCCAUGGGGAUCUGUGGCGUGCAGACUGUGAAGGCAAUGAAAAUUUGUAAUGCAAAGAUUGCAGGGCAAUAAUAGAAAACAACUCUAGUGGUUGUCUAAGUGACAGCCACUAGAGGGGUUGUUAGAGGCAAAUAUAAAAAUUUCAAGGACAGUAUGUUUACACCAAAACCUUUACAUUAAGCUGUAGCCUUUGCUGGUUUUCUGUUCAAAGCUGUACUUAGACAUGUUUUCUUUUUCAACUAAGUAUUUUUGUAGUCUGUUAAUUAUUUAAUUUAUAUAAUCACAGGAGCACUGGGGAUUUAUUCAGUAAAACAGUGCUCAGAUAAAAGUAGGUUUAAAAAAAUGGAUCACUAAUAGAAUCUAUUGUUAUUAUUUUGGCUUACAUUUUGCAGCUCACUGUUUAGUUAGAAGCUCACAUUCUGAUGGACAUGUGCACUUAAAGAAUAUUCAGUCCGGUUCGUCUUUUGUUCCAGAAUUUUUUUUUCCUUUUGGUUUAUUUUGAAAGGUCCCCCCUUCAUUAUUAUUAUUAUUAUUAUUAUUAUUAUUAUUACUCUCCUUUGAUGAGGAAUUCCCACGGUUGGGGGACAGGGAAGACACUUUGUCCCCCCUGUUCAUUCUAAUUAUAGCUGUCACCCACUGGCGACAGGUGGGGAGAUGGGGGAGACACUAUAUCUCCACCACUUUAUUUAUUUAAUCAAUAGGCCCACCAUAGUGUGUUAACCCUCGUUCAUUAAAUUGAUGCCCCCACCAGCUGGCCAAUCUCAAGUUUAUUUUUUUUGUUACAGCGCGCAGCCACUGAUUGUUGUUUAGCAAACAUUCCCCCCUCACUCAGGGCUUGGUGAUUGGGGGUGUAAUGCAAACAAAUGAAUAUCGUUGAACAAAAUACAGUCAUUUAUCCAUCCUAUCUGUUGUUUGUUAUAUGGUAAUUUUUUAUUUGUUUUCCAACAAAAUGGAUAAAAACCAAAAUGUUUGUUCAUUUUGCCACACAUCCAAAAACUAAUAGCUCAAUAGGGGUUCUCCAUAUAUAAUAGAUAAUCACACAUCAUUUAUUAUUCCGCAAAGUACAUGGAACAAUAAUGUUUGAGUUACAGAACAGAUUAUUUAAAAUUCAUAACAAUGCUUUAACAAUGUUAUGAAAAAUGUCAAGCAAAAGUUUUGUUGUUUUUCCCAUAAAUAGAGAAGUAGGCUUUGUGCUGACUGAGUAUAAGAACUUUAUGGUUAUUAAAAAGAUACAUACACAAACACAAUGUAUUUGUAGACUCAUCAGAUAUGUGUUGCCUUUUAAUCUUCUAUUUUGCAUAUAAGUGUGCUGUCAGCUAAAUGCUAUUUUCUUUUUUUUUUUUUUUGCAGAAUCAUCUGUUGUUAUUGUGCUUUUUACCAGCAUUAAAAUGUAAUAAAAUCAAAACACUUUUUUUUUUUUUUUUUAAACUUUAACUUAUUUUAGUAAUUCUGAAGUCAGAUUUACACAAGGGUAGGCUGACAACGUUCAGCCCACAGUCCAGCAAGUAAUAUAGAACUAUAAAACAAAAUGUGGCUCAAUUGCAAACAGACUGCCCCAAUAAUAUUAAUGAAACACCCAUGAAUAUAUUGAUAUAGACAGAAAUUGUAAAGAAAUUAAAAGGGAGUUUCACAUUUCAGAAAAAUGCUAAGCUAGCAUUCCUAGAAUAUGUAUUUGAUUUGUUUACAGUUUAUCUUAAAACAGCCAUGGAACCUGUGAAUAAAACAAUAUGAUCUUCUACUGCGGAUCAUUCAGAAAUCUCGGAAAUAGUAAAUGAAUAGGAGGAAGGAUGAACGCUAAGCACACUAUAGUUCUUCUAUGUAGCCUGCAAUGCCCUCAGAUUCCUGGUUUUAAUUGGGUAAUUGUACUUACAGUAUGAGGGCAUUAUGUGUACAAUAUCUCUGUAGUAUCUAAACAUGUUUGGAUGAUACACUUAACAAGUAUAUAAGUAUUAAGUUUGCCUUGAUACCCAUAUUACCUGAUUGUGGCAACCUAUGUGGUCAUGAGCUUCGAGUGAUGUUCAUCAGACAACAGCUCAAAAUGCUUUUUUUUAUGGGCCAAAUCCUACUGCAAUAGUACGAUCAACAAGGUUUAUGAGGGAAGAUCCUUCAAACAAUCCCACAGAGCGAACUUGAGAUAAAGACAUUCUUCUCUUGAGCACAAGCAUGAGACACACUCAUCACAUUGAAUGCGAGUGUGGCAUAAUAUUAAUGAAUCCAGUCAGAGUUUAGUCUUACCCUCAAUAUCUGUUCCAGUCAAAGCCUGUAAUAUCCCAGAAACUAGGGGUGAUAUCCUCUUAAGAGAUAUGUGUACAUUUAAUCUCGGCAGACUUGGAAGUGGAAAUUCAUAUCUUAACAGGCUAUUUUAAGGCCACUGAUAAGGAAGCAUUGGUACUACAGAUAAAGCACUAUACCAUCUGCAGACUAAGGCAAUAGGGGAUGAUGGGUUUUUAGUGCUUGUAUUGUGAGGGAGGCAGCUUGAACAACCUAUAUCAGAGUUUCUCCUUUCUAGUCGUGAAUGAAAUGAAUGCAAUAAAAGGAAAGCAGAGCCUUGAAAAAAAUCCUCAGAUACAGGUCAAUAUGUAACAAAAAGAAAAAACAAGGAAUAGGAUAUGAUUAGAGAAAAUGAAAGGCACUUACAGUGUGUGUAGCUGACAAUUAUCUUGAAUUAAAUGCGCCUGGGCGUUAUUAUCCCCACCUAUGGAUAUGUGGUUGGUAUCUUGGUCCAAUGGGGGUUAGUCCAAAGGGUAAGUAUAUUUUUUGGAGCCUUCUGGUGGCACCUAGUGAACAGCAUGAAGUUGAAUGAUCCCCACUCUUGGAUAUUUAUGGUUGGAAUCCUCAUCAUGCUGUUAUGUGGAUAAAACAAAAAUAAAAUAUAGUGCUCACUGUAUAGGUUAAACAUGAUAAAAUACCAGGGGUUAUAAAAUGCUCUUGGACUACUUGCUGUUCCCAAAAUCUAUGCCUGUACGACAGUGGGCUAGUGACCUGAAUUGCAAAAUUUUACAGAGACAGUGGGAUAAGAUUUUUAAUACUCCAAAAAAACUCAUCAAAUCCCCUACCCUUCUGGAACAACAGCAGAAAAUGUUAUACCGGUGGUACAUGCUGGCAGAAAGAAUCCACAAACUAUUCCCUAAUAGUCCUCCGACAUGCUGGAGAUGCUAUUUGGUAAACGGCUUGGUACUACACUUAUGGUGGAAAUGCACAUUAAUUAAACCAUUUUGGAACUCUGUACAUGACUUCUAUAGGAAUUUACCGAAUGUACGCUGCCCCACUACCCUCUCACUUAUCUGCUACUGCACCUACCACUUUAAUUGCCCAAACACAAACAAAAACUGAUGUACUAUGUUAUUCUGAUGGCUCAAUGCUUAAUACUAGCGCAAGCUUGGAAAUCCCACCACACGUCCUCUGUAUUGACUUUACACUUAGAGCUGGAUAAACAGCGUAUGUAUGAGCAAUGUUUCAGCAACAUCUGCCCUCCCUACCAGAAUGCUCUGGCAACAUGGGACGCAUGGAACACAUUGAAAUGGGUACAUCCCAGAUAGAAAAACUUUGUAAACGUUAUGAUGUCAUGAUUGUACACUCGUCCAAAUGUCAAUGUUCAACCUGGAAUUCUGUUACUAUUUACCCACUGGUACUUGUUAUUAUUAUUUUCAUUAUUAUUUUCCCCCUCCCCACUUCUCUUCUGUACCCUAUUCCCUGUUGACUUUUCAAGAAAAACAAUACAAAUUGCCAGAUUGAAAAGAAAAAAAGAAGCUAACAUAGUAGGAAAUGAACUCACUGGUACAGAGCAAAAUAAUGAUUUAAAUUGCAGAAUAUGGAUUUUAAAAUAAUGGUCACAUGGUGUCAUAGUCAUGUGACUGACAAGUAUUAAACAUGAAAAAAAAAAUGAAAUAAAAAAACGUUUAUAGCUGAAGAGAGGAAUCAAAUUAGAAAGAAAAAGGGCUCCCAUAACCUGCAUCACUUUGAUAAAACCUAAUAGCUGGAACAUAUUAGGGUGAUAUUUUACUCUGUUUUAUUUUAUUUUACAAUUUAUCUUCAAUACAAUUUGUGAAUUUGUAUUGCUCCUGGAACGUUUGGUUUUAUCCUGAUGUUUGGGCAUAAUUUUUCUUGGUGGGGAAUAUACCACCUACGCCUUGUGGAUUAAGCAAAACCAUUAUUUUGCUCUGCAUCAUGAGUACAUUUCCUACUAUUUUAUUAUUUUUAACCUCGAAAGUGCGCACUAUAUAUUAUUUUUGUCCACAUAACACCACGGUGAGGAUUCCAAAAAUAUUUAUCCAAGAGUUGUGAUCAUUCCAUUCCACGCUAUGCUCUAGCAGCCAUUAGUAGAAUCCAAAAAAUGUGAGUGUGCACUUAUGUAAAUAUUUUCUCCAUUUAGCACAUCAGAAAUACUACUCUAUAUUGGAGUCAUUCUCAGCUUCUUUUACAUACCCUUUGGACUACCACCCAUUAAACCAACCACAUAUUCAUAGGUAGUAAUAAUACCACCCAUGUGCAUUUAAUUUGAGGUAAUUGUCAGCUACACAAACUGUAAGUGCAUUUCCUUUUCGUUUUCUCCAAUUAGUAGUUAAGAUACUACACUAUAUCCUAUUCCUUGUCCUCUCUUCUCAUUACAUACUGGCCUGUAUCUGAGGAUCCUGACAUGAAGUGGCCUGGCUGCCUAUAGUAUCUCUUAAAUUCGAGUUUAAAUAGUCAACAAAAACAUUCAAUAGUUUAUAUCAGAUAAACAUAAAGAGUCAACAUGUUUUCAUGAUAAAGUGGAAAUAACAGAUUUUGUCUUCAGAGGAACAACGUAAGCAAAUUCAGUUUUAUUAUGACAGUCCUAGCAUUACACCUGUUGUGAAAUAAUUUUAAAAAACCUCACUACUACAGGACUCACUACUGCUAGAACGUAUUCUAGGUGGCACUGCAUGCUUAGAGAAAGAAUAACUACUAAUAGUGAUUGUUUUCCUUCAAAUCCAUUUAAGUUCUUUGCAUCCCACAAUUUAGGCUCGCCUGCCAGUGAAAUGGAUGGCACCAGAAAGCAUAUUCGACUGUAUUUACACUGUGCAGAGUGAUGUCUGGUCCUAUGGAAUUCUGCUGUGGGAGAUCUUUUCACUUGGUAUGCAAUUAAAAUGGUGUAGGUGAUGGUAUGGGAAGAAUAUGAAAUGGUAGGAGUAAGGAUUAAGUGAUGUUAGGUGGGUGUAAAGAGUCAUGAACAAGUUAAAGCAAUGGUGGUUGAUAAGAGAAAUAAAUGUAUUGAUGAAUAUUAGUCAAGAUAACUGGUGUGAAGAAGAACCUUGUGAACCAAAUAAUAAAUUAAUUAUAUGCUUGAAGCAAUCACUUAACAAUUGAGUAAUCACUAAAAUGCCUAUUGGUUUUGUUGGUGAUGCCAGUUUCUUUUCCAUCCAAUUUUUUUUUCAAAUGUAACCAUUGGUAACUAGCAAAGGUUUUAAUGUGUGCCAAAGAAAUUAAUAGGAGAUGCUAAGCUCUACUUACCACCCAAUGUUUAUGCUAGAUGGUAAAAACUAGCUGACUAAAAAUUAUACCGGCCUUAACUAGGUGUAAAGAGGAAAAAACAAAUUAAUGAAUACUAAUUCUCAACUUAUAAUAAAAAAAAUUAGGUGUAUGCAACCACCAAGUGCAACUUGCUCAGACAAUUUCAGGUCAAGUGCCCAUGGUCGAGCCUUUUAAAUGAUCCUGGUGCUAUGGCAAUUAAUUGGAUAAGGAUUCUUUUUCUUAAUGUAUGUGUAUUAUGCACAAAAAUAAACACUAAGUGGUGGUCAGUAUGAGUGGAGGCAGAUGUGAGCUGCAUAUAGAUUAUCAACACAGGGAUGGACCUUGGAAAUCGGUCUGUAUUUUUAGCCACAAACAUCUACCGGUUGUUGAUACAAAAGGGGCACUUUAAUCACCAUGCAGCCUGCUGUAGUGGUUAUGGUGACAGUAUACUCCUGGUACUGUACUCUGGGCAUUUCACAGACUAUUUUUCCCUCAUUGGUCAUAUCCCUAUAGUGGAUGUUACACUUAGCAAUAUUUGUAUUUGGAUGGGAUUGAUUAGCUUGCCAAAAGUUGGACAAAAUUUAUUUUGCUAGUGCAAUUUGUACUUGUUAUUGAAGACAUUCAUAACAAAGGAUAGAGGAAAGGGAGAAAUACUGCAUAAGAUUCAAUGGUAGGGGGAGAGAUAAGCAAGGCUCAAGGAUAUCCAGUAUAUGCAAUGGAUGAUAAAAAAAAUAAAAAUAUUUCUUACAUUGAUCACUCUGAGAUAUGCUAACGAUUCCUAAACAAAUACUAACAAUGGCCUGUUUUCACUAAUCCAUUUUAGGCAGGAGCCCAUAUCCUGGCAUUCUGGUGAAUCAAAAGUUUUACAAGAUGGUGAAGGAUGGCUAUAAAAUGGAUUGUCCCGACUAUGCUCCCCUGGAAAUGUAAGACAGAUUUCAACUUAAAACUAGUCCCGGAAUGGCUAAUGUCAAUUCUGUCAAAUGAGUGAAAAAAGUGGAGCAGUAUUUUUCUUUAUUUCAUGUACUGACUCUGUUUUAUGGUUUGUGGAGAUAUCUGCUGAAUACAUAAGUAUAUUUAAAGAGACACUGUGGUCACCAGAACAACUACAGCUUAAUGUAGUUCUGGGGAGUGUAAUCAUUAUAUGCAGAAAGUUUCAUGCAAACACUGCCUUUUCAGAAUAAAAGCAAUGUUUACAUUGACCCUAGGUAUACCUCCUCAGAUGUCCACAGAUGUCCACAGGAGGUGCUGAAUAGUAGGCAGCUUUGCUGUUCAGUGUCUGCACGCUCUGCAUGAGGCUUUUCCCCAUGGGAAAGCAUUGGAUUGGCUAAAAAUCGGCAAUUCUGAUGAUGUCACCAAGGUGGGAGGGCCAGUGUCGGCGGACCCACACGGCGCUGAAAAUUAGAUGAGUUUUUCAUGCUUUUAAGGGAGGUAAGGAGGAGGCAGGGGGGAUGCAAGCCACCUUAAUGGUGGGUUUUGCACUAUACGGUCAGGAAUACCUGUUUGUGUUCCUGACCCUAUAGUGAUCCUUUAAGUUUAUUAUGCUUGGUGUGGGUAAUAUACACAUUAUUACUGCUCCACUUUUUUCACUUAUUUGGUUUUAUUGUGUGGAUUGUUUUUAUUGGGGUAAAACACUCAAGUGUGUGGCAGUUAUUUCAAUAUUUGUUUAGACUAUCUAUUAAAGCACGUUUUUUUUCUUAGCACACCUUUUAUUGUUAUUUUUUUUUAUAUCUUUAAUGUCAAUAAUAGCCUAUAGCCUUGCUGAAAUGGUGUUCAUAUUUCAGAUAUCGCAUCAUGAAGACCUGCUGGGACCUCGAACCAACUCGGCGACCAACCUUUAACCAGAUAAGUGACCUCAUCAACAUGCAAAUGGGAAAUAUAAAAGAGCAGGUAAGAUCAUGGAGCAUCCAUAAAUCCUGCACACUAUAUGCCCCCCCAUGUCUAGUCUAAAAACUUAGAAUGAUAAAUGGACGGUGGUGGACAGAGCUGCCACUCGACCAUUAAUGUACCUUCCAUUGCCUGACUUAAAUAAAGUGAUACUGUUCCUGGCAAACAUCCUGAAUGAUAUAUUGCUCGGAUACCCUACAUUAUACUUUAAAGAGAUUCUGUCAUCCUUCAUCAUAACAUAGAAUGAAUGUGUAGCCAGGCUCCUUACAGUAGAUUUAACAUCUGAGAAAAAUAUUCCCCUCCAAACACAGAGACCUUGGGGACAGAGGUGUACCUUGGCACCAAAACUGUAGGUUUAUUUGUCACUCUGCACUGCCUGCAAUUCUUUAUCAUUAGGAAAGAUGCACACAAUCAUAUACACUCACAUGCACAUAAUUGAUUUAUGUUGUCUGUGGUUUCUAGGAUCACUGUGCAUUUACUACCCUGCUCCAUGCAGGUCUGGAAUGAUGCCAAGGCUGAAGUGACAUCACCUCCUAACUCCUAGAAUAAGUACAGGGCCAGGGCCGGAUUAACAUAGGGGCUGAUGGAGCUGCAGCUCCAGGCCCAGGCCCAUGGAAUAGGCCCAUUGAUUUAAAAAAAAAAAAAAAAUUUUUUUUUUUAACAUUUAUUUUUUUUUCCACACACUACUCUUAGGGAUUCCACCUGACUUUUAUUUUAUUGGCACAGCCAGUAUUUGAGGCUGCCUGGCUGGUGCCAAUAUUGCAGUGAUACUGGCAAUAUAAAUGCUGGUAUUUUUCUCAGUAUAAAUGGAGAUUACGCUGCAAUACCAGCACUGGCCAGUAGGGGUCGCUGUGUGUGGAGACAGGCAGGGAUAGGAAGUACUCAGUGAUCUGCAGGGGUGCAGCUACAGAGAGUCCAAACAGCAACUCCCGCCCUGCAGAAACAGCCUACACCUCAGGGAAGUAAGGGAUGGGGGGAAAGCUGCAAGGAGACAUGGGGACAAUGAGACACUAAGGGACAUUGGGAGACAUUAUGGCAGACACUGAGACACUAAGGGACAUUGGGAGACAUUAUGGACAGACACAUGGGGACACAGUGUCCCCAUGUCUCCCAGCCAGUGUCCCUGGUGUCUCAGUGCCCCCUAGUCUCCCAGUGCCCCCUAGUCUCCCAGUGCCCCCAGUCUGCCAGUGUCUCACUCUCCCCAUGUCUCCUAGUGCCUCCAUGUCUCAAUGUCCCCAUGUCCCCCAGCCAGUGUCUCUAGUAUCUUUGUCCCUGGUGUCUGUGUCCCAAUGUCUUCAAGUGUCCCCUAUUUUCCCAUUGUCCCCAUGUGUCCCAGCCUGAGUCCCCUAGUCUCCCAGUGUCACUGGUGGCUCCGUGUCCAUAGGUCUCUCAGUGUCCCCAUGUCUCCCAGUGCCCCCAUGUCUCAAUGUCCCCAUGUCCCCCAGCCAGUGUCUCUAGUAUCUUUGUCCCUGGUGUCUGUGUCCCAAUGUCUUCAAGUGUCCCCUAUUUUCCCAUUGUCCCCAUGUGUCCCAGCCUGAGUCCCCUAGUCUCCCAGUGUCACUGGUGGCUCCGUGUCCCUAGGUCUCCCCGUGUCUCCAGGUCUCCCCGUCUUCCUAGUGUCCUAGUGACAUGGGGACCCUGGGAUACAUGGGGACACAGGGAGACAUGGGCCAUUGAGACACUGAUACAUAGGAUCACUGGGAGACCUGGGGACACGACACUAGGGGACACUGGGAGACAUGGGGCACUGAAACACUGAUACAUAGGAACACUGAGACCUGGAGUAAUCGACACAUGGGGCACUGAGUCAUGAGGGCACUGGGAGACAUGGGGGCACUGGGAGGAAUCCAUCUAUACAGCAGAUUUAAACUAAGUAGUUUUUUGGUGAUUUUACAGCAUUUUCUCUUAUGUCACUCCUUGUGAUUUAUAUCAUGUGAUGUCACCCACACAUAUUUAAUUAUGCAAAUUAGUAAGGCCGGUAUGUUUUUCCAAGAAAGGUGGCAACCCUAACUACUUUUCACAUACUCUUACUUAAGUAUGGAAACUUAAGAGGGAUGUAUGGGAACAAAACUUGUGUGGACUGGCUGACAAUGAAUAUAGUUAAAGGGACACUAUAGUCACCAGAACAACUACAGCUUAUUGAAUUUGUUCUGGUGAGUAGAAUCAUUACCUUCAGGCUUUUUGCUGUAAGCACGGUCUUUUCAGAGAAAAUGCUGUGUUUACAUUACAUCCUAGUGAUAACUUCACUGGCCACUCCUUAGAUGACUGUUAGAGAUCCUUCCUGUGUCAUGGCUGCCUAAAAUGCAUCCAAACAUUCAGUGUCUCCUCCCUCUGCAUGCAGACACUGAACUUUCCUCAUAGAGAUUCAUUAAUUAAAUUCAUCUAUAUGAGGAGAUGCUGAUUGGCCAGGGCUGUGUUUGAAUCAUGCUGGCUCUGACCCUGAUCUGCCUCUUUGUCAGUCUCAGCCAAUCCUAUGGGGAAGCACUGUGAUUGGAUCAGGCCACCACUUCUAAUGAUGUCAGCAGACUGCUUGUUUUUAUGAGUCUAACAGCUUGCAGAGUUACAGCUUCAGGCUUGAAUAUAGUAGGAUUUUGCUAUAUUUAUGGAGGCAUGAGGGGCCCAGGGAGACUAGAUGGUGGUGUUAACACUAUAGGGUCAUGAAUUCAUGUUUGUGUUCCUGACCCUAUAGUGAUCCUUUAAGGUAAUGCUGACUUUGGUCUCUCUAACACUGUGGCAUGUUCCCUUUCUUCUGCACUCACUACAUACAGCUUUUCUCUGUCCCAGACCAUAUACCAGGAGCUUUUGCCUGCUAGUAAGAAGGUGAGGAGACAAGUGGACCAGCGAGUGCUAGGGGACAGUCCUUAGAAAGCGUUGAGUGAGCGCAUCAUUAGAUGCAUUUAUGCCAAGCUCAGGGUGCUGUCUUUCAUAGUAUGCCCUUAGUUGGCCAGCUGCAUGAUUGGCAGGCAGCCUGACAUGCAUUCAUGCCAGGCUGGCCUUCUAAUUCUUCGAGCAGACAUGUCCUCUUUUUGGGCAUGUUCGCCCCUUUUGGCAGGUUACGUGAUUUGUGUCAGUGGCACACCCUUUUACCAUGCCCAUUGACUUCCUGCUUGACUGGACACUGCUGUUAGGGGUUAUGGAUUUACUUGAAAGAUGAAAACAUAAAUUAGAGAAAUUAGCCUAGGGUAUGUGUUUUCUUAUAGCUGCUGUUUUCUUUCUCUCCAGCACCAUCUCCUUCAGAUACAUGAUGCUUGGGAGUUUUUUACUGUUUUCGGUCGAUAUGAUUCUGUAAUUAGGCCCGUCAUAAUUGUCAGCACCAGGCCCACUGGGCUCUUAAUCUGGCCCUGUACAGGGCAGCAGCAUAUCAGCAGAGAUGGUAUCUGCCAUACUGCGCCUGUCACUAAAGGCUAAUUCACAUACUCCGCCCCACAAACACACACACCGUGCCCUCUGUGAACAAAUAAUAAAAUUAUUUGACUCAAACCAUUAACCUUCCGGUGGUGCAGAGUGUAAACACAUACAUAUAGCAAAUACAUGAAGUAAUGCUAAAUUACAUUAAAAUAAAAUGAAGGUAAAACAGUUGGUCCCAGAAAACCUUGACACCAGAGAGUGUUUUAUACAGCUAAAUGGCUGUCUCCUUAGAAACUCAUUUACCAGGGUAUGUUGGGGAAGGAUAGUAAAUCCAGGGUAGGAGUCUAGUCUUUGGACUCGGCACUCCAGAUGUUGUGGACUACAUCUCCCACAAUGCUCUUACAGCCAUAAGGCUGGCAAAGCAUCAUGGGAGGUGUAAUCCAAAACAGCUGCAGUGCCGAAGGUUGCCUAUCCCUGCCCUACCCCAUCAUUACUUAUCAUCCACCACCCAUAAGCCAAAGGGUAGAGGAACGUGUAGGGGAAAUAAUUUAUUUUAUAACCGGUUAUGAUUCUGUCACACAGGGUAUGGAGGAAAGGCCAUGGAGGUCACUGAAGGCCUUCAUUUUCCCAUUUUGGGCAAAUAUAACCAUAUUCUUUUUAGUUUUGGGGAUCCACACUCAUAUUUUAAUGUUAUGGUUAUAUAAUGGAAUGUUUUUUAUGAGAAACAAAGUUAGUCUUGUCUGUAGUGCCAGCCACAGAAUAACCAAGCAUGCAUGAACAAUGCAUAGGCCUAUAUGACUGUGAAUACACAAUAGCUGAAAAUAUUGUCCCAAAUAGAGCAAUUUGUAUGACUAUUUGCAACAUAUUGCAAUGCAUUGCACACGCUUUGGACACUAAACAUUAUUUAUUUAUUUUUAUUCAAGGUGUUUAUUGUAAAUCAGUAAACGUUACACGUUAAGUCAUGACAUGGUACAGGAAAUUGUAGCAUCUUAAUGAUAAGAAGUAGAUAAAUAUUUUUAGCUCAUAAAAUAUUUUUCACAAGAUGUCAUGGACAAAAAUACAGACGAAGUAGUGCUGUAGAAUAUGUCGUUGGUACAGCACUCCAUCGUCCGUCACAUUCGUAUCAUAGGAAGAAAGAUUAAAAAAUUAUUUAUUUUGUGUGUCGGUAAAGGGAAUGACAAACACUUACAUCCUAAAGUAUAAUUCUGUGUACUGAAAUUCCCAUUUUUAAAAGAUAAUAUUUUCUUUAUAUUUUCUUCAAGGAUUACACCAACAUCACUCAGAUGCAUGAAGAAAAUGAAUGUCUGGACAUAAAAUGUGAGGCGAACGAGCCCUUCAUUAAAGGCAAUAAUUACCAGUUCUGUUAGCCAGGGAGAGAUGGGAGAGAUCCUAGGACACUUGAGAAAGCAACAUAUUAACCUACAGUGGUUGUUUGGAGUACUAGUGCAGGGUGGCCUCAUAAAUGGGCUUUGUACUUCCAUAUACAUCAACACAUGGUAUAGCUCAGGGCAUUCUAAAUAGUAAGCUAAUCAAGAGGUAUAUCCACUUUCUUUGUGCCAGUAAUUAGAGUACUGUAAAUAUUAAGAAGCAUUACAUUUUAAGGUGACUGAAAAAGGGUAUGUUUGCAAUGUUUUAAUUUUGUUUUUUAUUUGUCAACAAAAAUGAUAGAAAUCUGUCACUGACAAGCAUUAUACUACUGACUUCCCUUGUAUAUGCAUAUUGCAUUAUUGUGAAAUUAUACUGUUAAAUCAUGUAUUUGAUAAAGUAAAAAAAAAAAUCUCAUGUUCAGUUGGUAUAUGUCAAAUGCCUGUCAAUCUAUGGAUGAACAAACUGAUUUCUUCAUAUCUGCCUAUCAACGAAUUGACUAAUUUGUCCAUAGAUUAACAGGCAUUUGAUUGUGUACAAGUCUAAUGUGUGCCUUACCUUUUUUGUUAAUCAUCAAAAUCUUAUAAGAGAACAUGUGGAUUUGUUCUUUUCUACAUGCUAAACUAAAAGGGCCGCUUACAACAAAGCAAAGCUGACCUGUUAACACAAGUGCCAGAAAACUGAGCUGCCAAACUUGCAUCAAAUUGCAGAUUUUUGUGAAUAAAUAAUUUAAGGGCGUCCUUCUCUAAACAGUGAGUUGUGAGUCAAGAUGUAAAAAUUAAGUCAAAAUAAUAGAAUAGAAUCUGAAUAAAAUCCCUAACUUUAAGUAUUCUAGCCUAAAUUUGAUAAAUGGACAGUCUAAGCAGCAUGAGAUACACUUCAUUGUUAUGGUUAUUGUGUUACGUGUGGUCUCCAUCUGUAGUAAUUGACAUAAAAACAGGGCUCUCUCUGUCAGUCUCAAGCCCCACUGAAAAUGCUAAAGCUACACUUCUGCAUUAGUACACAGUCCAACUUUGAUAGCAACGAUAGACUGACAGUACUGUGGGUAUGUCACAAUAAUAUGAUGUUUUAAUGUAUAUACCUUCUAGACAUUUGGUGGCUAAUUUAUGGCACUCCAGCUGCUAUGGACGCCAUUUUUCACAAGCUAGCCAUUUGGCUAACUAUCAUGGAAAACAUUGCCACCGCUAGAGUGCAGAAAAACAUUGCCACCGCUAGAGGUUAUCUAGCAGUGCUUUACUUCAGAUUAGUGUAAUGUAAAGGGAUGUUAUUGCCACGUAGUGACACCCUAAACCGAGGUUAACUUCAAGAAUGUAUUAUUACUGCCGUCAUGAAAGAACGAUGAAAGUUCACAUUUUAUAAAUGACAUUAUUUACCCCAACAUUGAUGGGGCUAUGUACACAAAAAUGCUGGCAGAGGAAACAAAGAUUAUCUAAUAACAGUCAGUACUGUGUUUUUUUUCCACCAAGUUCGAUUUCUAACAUCUCAUUAUACAGCCACUAAUGAACUUUCACAGGAAAAUAAACUAUUAGCAAAUAAACUUAAAAAAUACAAUACUGUUAAAAAAACGUAAACCAGUUGUGGCCUAAAAGUAUCGUACCUCCCAGCAUUGAGAGGUAUGAAAUCUGGACAAGUUGGUGGAACUUCAAGUGAACAUUGUAGUGAUGCAACUUGCGCCACUGCUGACACCCAAAAUGGACAGAGCUGCCUGCAAGUCAAGCAAGCAUGCCAACCCCCUACAUACAAGACAAUGCAGCGAGCGCUGCUGAAGAGCUCUCUGCAUGGUCCUACUGCCCGCUGCAUAGUGUGAAUAUGUGUAAUGAUGUGCUCGCACUGUCCUGCCUGUGAACAGUUCCUUUAUACACCCGGAUGCAGGGGGACUGGAAGCUAAAAUAGGGACUGCCCUGGCAAAUGCCAGACAGCUGGGAGCCCUAAAAAAGUUGAAGUUUUAUAUUAAAUUCCAUAUUUCUAGAAGGAACUGUCAGGUGUUUAAAUAAGUCCUCCUAUUUGUUAUUUUUUAAUGCUAUCUAAAGGGAAUAGUAUUCAUUUGCUAAACAUUGAUUUGAAGGAUAACUAAAAAUAAUCCCCUAAUUUAUGAAUACAACUUGGCUACUUUAGCCUUGUAUUUUGCCAUUACAUUUGCACUUCAUCAAAAACUCACAGUUUAGUGAAUAGAGAACAACAGAACAGAGCAGAACCUCUGUAUCCCCACAGCACAUUCAUUUAUCAGGCAUCAAAGCAGAAAUAUAAUUGAAUGUGUUGUAUUUUAAUGUAUUGAUAGUUUGUGAUUUAAAAACCGCCUGCUUAUUUCAAAUGAUAUUUAAUCCUAUAAUGACAUUGAUGUCUAACUGCAUUUCUGUGCAGCUUUAUUUUUAUUUGUCUUCCAAACAUAUUCAUUGUUUCUAGAAACACCUAGGGAUAACUAGUUCAAAUAAGCUUAUACUAUAAAAUGGGAUACAAUGACAAUUCAUCGAAGACAACUAACAGACCAGGGAUAAACAGGGUUCCAGCUUAAGAAAUGCAAUAUACCUAAAUGGACUCUCCACUGCCCAAAUCCAAAACAAAAUAGAAAUCACUGUUUAGUAGAUAUAACCACAAUAAAAACAUGCAUCUAAUUUUAUAUUUUUAAUGGGGUAUAUCUAAAGACAGCUUGCAAAAAAGCUGCAGAUCUCCUCUUUAUGCCCAGCCAGACUUGGAAACCCUCCCCUUCACACCCAGCCAGACUUUCUGUGGCUGUCCAAUCACAAACUUCCCAAUGCAACUUAGUGAGAAGUCCUUGCAAGACACCUGGGCAAUUGCUGCUUCUUGAAUUCAGCUCCACUGAGCUAAACAAACCAGGCAGGACCUGAAUGACUGCUAGGAGUGUAACAUGGUUAAUAUAUAAAAUUACCAAUUUCUAUUGAAAUCUGCACUUUUUUUUUUAAAUUAAGAAAAAAAAAGAGAGGGAACACUUCACACAUUUAGCAUUUCAGCUUGUUAAAGUACUUUAGGAGUUUGAAGCAUCCCUUUUAGCCUCCCACCGAAAUGUCCCAGACGGUUUUAAUAAGGUGCAACAGUGAUCUUUAGAGGUUCUUAAAUUUUCUCAUGUUAUCCUCCAAAUGCAAACAAUAGAAGAGGAGUGCAGUCCAACGACUACAUUGGCUGACAUGUCUCAUCCAGGUUAGAUUACCUAAUAGACCAGGAGAAUAGUAGACUGUCAAAUUAGUGCAAGAUACCUGCAGUGGUAUAUUGCCUUUGACCACCAUUCGUAUAAUCGGACCUGUUAGUACCUUUAAUAAUUGUUAUAUGUGUUGUCUAUAAAUAUUGUACUCAAAAUUUUUUUUAUAUAGUUAAGAUCUGUAUUUUUACUCUAUUGUAUGAAGUGAUGUUUUAAUACAUUGGUUAAAAGCCUAAUUUGACCAAAAAUGUAACAUUUAUUAUAAUGAAUUAUACUUAUACUACAUUAAUCAUUAAUCUUAAUCUACCCAAAUCUAACAACAUCUGUACUGUCAUUAUUUUGUCUUUGCGUUUUAUGAAUAUGUAAGCAAUCAGAUAUUAAACAAGUAGUUGGCAGCUAUAACAUGUUGAUUAUAAAUAUUAGUAGAUUUAAUUCUCAUGGGCACUAAUCACAAUAAAGCAGAACUGUCACUUCCUUAUCUUCAUUGCCCUGUGAUUAAGACAUUGCAGGAGUUAACUCAUUUAUAUACUGUCAGGGAAAAUGUGUAAAUAAAAAUUAAAUAAGCUAGAAAGAAUUGAUAAUCAUUUUAACACAACUUAUGGCUAACUUUUACUUAGCUGUUACGUUGUGCUAAAUUGAGGAUGUGACAGUUCCUAUUUAACAUUAUUUGUAUUAAUCAAGAAAGUAUGAUUAACUUGUGUAAUAUUUCAACCAUUUUUCCACACUGUUUAAGUAUAUAGUAUAGACAGUGUGCAUGUGACCAAUCUUCUGUACUAUCCUGAUGCUGGCACCUUUUGACAUAUGAAACCUGAUUUGCAAAAAAAGUAACAAGAUCAUUAUCCUCUACCAAAAUAAACACGCCAUAUAGAAGUGCAAGCAUUAUUUAGCUUGCAAAAAAACAGCUGGAUCUUAAAGGACCACUAUAGUGCCAGGAAAACAUACUCGUUUUCCUGGCACUAUAGUGCCCUGAGGGUGGGGCUCUGGGGGGAAGGAAGGGGUUAAACUUACCUCGUUCAAUGAGACAGCCACUAGAGGCUGGAUUAACCAUAAUGUAAACAUGUUUACAGCAAAAAGGGUUAAACCUAGCUGGACCAGGCACCCAGACCACUUCAUUAAGCUGAAGUGGUCUGGGUGCCUAUAGUGGUCCUUUAUUGCUGACAUAGAAGAAGGUUUUUGUUUUCUAGAUCAAACAAAAAAUGUUUUUAGGUAAUAGGUCCACUGAAGACUUGAGCCAAAUUCUAAGAGUACAGCUGAUGGUUCUUUUUUUAGAUUAAAUUGCUUUACCUGUCAUGCAUGGUUAGAUUUUACAGUGUAUUGAACUUUCUAAUAGUUUGUUAAUCAACUUCCAAGAUGUAAUAGUAAAUAUUAACAAAUAAAUAAAAUAACUUGCUUUCAAAUAAAUAGAAGUAUGUUUA